GAGGCUGAGCGGCCGGCGGUCUUGCUCCAGUUUACGACCAUUCGCAACCGAUGAUUGUUCGGUUGGAAGAGUUUUUCUUGUCUUUCAAGUGACGAAGGCCUCUCUGACGGCCCAGUGAGACGAGGAAACCCCUCCCCUGGUUCCGAAUAUCACCAUUCGAGAUAGCGACGACGCGACAAGGCCAGCCUUAUCCAGGAGGCGUUCUGACAGAGGUGAAAUCAUUGACAAGGCGCGCACUGGCAACGGUGCGAGCUGCUAACAACACUCAACAGCCUCCUUUUACCGACGCCUUCUCGUUGGCAAUCGCUCGGUGGUAGCAGCACUAGCUAGUGUUUGCAAGUGCUCAACUGUUUGCUGGUGAGCGACAGCUACUCGCCUGGUGCGGUAGCAAAUCGCUGCUGAGCGUAUUGACCAGCCAGGCGACAUUCGUGUGGUGUUCGCACACGGUCGUCUCGGCUCACCGACCACCCUUUUCUCAUCCCCCCAUUCGACGGCCGCGCAAUUCGCGCGUGACUACAACGCAACGGAUCGGCAAUGCCGCACCGGUUACUCUCCCAGUCGCUAACCAUGACGAAGGUACGCUCGCCUACCGGACAACUCACCAGCUGCUGGAUACUGAUUCUGACCGUUAUCUUGCUCGUAGCGGGGCCCGCGCGUGGCCAGCUGCCGCUCAGCAAGAACGGUUGGGACCUGUUCAUGGACACUGGGCGCAUUGUCAUACGGCCACAAGACGCUCAACAACUACAGCUGGGCAGCUUCGACUGCACGGCAUUCACCAUACAGAACCGUGAAAACGCAGACGUGAUCAACGCAGAUGUACAGCGGCACAGACUGAGCGCGCCAUGCUCACCGAGAUUGCUGGACGCCGUAACGGUGGAGAUGACAAUGAAUACGCUGGACUUGGAUGCCGUCAAGCUCAACCAAGGUCUGGCCACCGGGCAGGACGGCACGACGACGUUCCUCUCCGUGCGUGCAAACAGCGGCAUUGUGGACGUCACCAAGGGCUCACUGGAGUCUGUUCCGAGCAGUGCUGGACGUGUGGGUAAUCUAUUCCAGGACAGCAUCGCUCCGGCGGUGAUCUCCUUCCAGCUGUUCGACUUGGACAGCGGUGAGCUGAGUCUGGUGUUUGACGAGCCCGUGAAUCUUCUCGGAGCGCUAAACGUAUCGGCCAGCGCGCCCAGUCUGCGACUGCAGCAUCACGUCACCUCGCUGGACAGUCUGGAGUACUUUGACGUGCGUCAGGUCACACCGAUCACCGGCAACGGACGCAACGUCACCGUGCGUCUGUCCGACGGCGAGCUCAACCGGCUGAAGCUGAUGCGACGUGUGUGCUCAUCCAUUGCCGACUGCUGGAUCACGCUGUCAGAGUUCUUCGUGGCCGACAUGGCCGGCAAUCGCAUGAGUCCGCUGUCGAACGGCGUGACGUCGCUGUCUCGUUUGCUGAGCAGCUUCAUCGUCGACGACAGUGGUCCGGUGUUGCAGACGUCCAGCAUUAACUUCAACAAUGGCAUGCUCGUGCUGAGCUUCAACGAACCCAUUGACAGCGCUAGCAUCUCGCCGUCAGCUAUUUCAGUGAUGUCCGCGCCCAAUGCCAAUACGUCGUCUGCCCUGCACCAUCGGCAGCUCACUGGCGGACGAGUGUUGAGCGGCGAUGGACAGCGACUCUCACUGCUCCUGGAUGCGGCUGAUCUCAACGCCCUAAAGAGCAGCGAUCUGCUGGCCACUGAUCGCAACAACACCUAUCUUUCAAUCAACGGUAGCUUGGCGAGUGAUCUGGCACUUACGGCAAACCCCGUCAGGACUAUUUCCGUGGCAAACGCCUCCAAAAUCACGACGUACACCGGUGACACUGUGCCACCGCAGGUCAGUGCGUUCACUAUAGACUUUGAGCGGAGUCGCAUCGUCAUCACUUGGGACGAGCCAAUCCGCCCGUCGCGCACCAGCAUGCAGCUCCUGGCCCUACGAUCGUCUCAGGCGCUCACCGCCGAAUCGCACGUAUUCUCUACGGACGGCGGCCUGUCACGCAAUCCCCCUCCGGACGGCGUUCUCUCGUUGAGUUUCAACCUGAGCACGGUGGACCUGACCCAGGUCAAACUGAACACGGAGCUGGCGCAGAACCAGGACAACACGUUUCUCUGGAGCAUCGCCGACGGUGCCACGCACGACAUGCGCAACAACCCGAUGGAUGCCAUCCCUGCCGGCUCGGCCAUCAAGGCCACCAUGUACAUUGUGAGCCGCAAGCAGCCGCGUCUGGACCGCUACUCGCUGGAUCUCAACACUGGUUUGCUGAACAUGACGUUCGACGACGCCAUCAAUGGCUCGAGCUUCCGGCCAGAUACGGUGACGUUGCAGAACGCGCCGCAGGUUUCCGUCACCGACGCUCAAUCGCGUUACACGUUCAGCGCAUUGACGUACACACGCACAGCCAUCGACUUCACGCUGGUCGUCAACAUUGCUCGUUUCGACCUCGACGAGCUGAAGAAGCUGCGUGCACUGGCACGCAACACCUCCACUACCUACCUGAUCAUGACCGCGAAUGUUAUCGAUGAUAUCUUCGAGACCGAUGCCAUUGCCAUUACGAACGGCCGGGCACAGCAAGUCAAUCAGUUUGUGGAGGAUACCACUCGGCCGCGGGUUUCGUCCACUAUGCUGGAUAUGGACGCUGGCCGCCUGCUCCUGAGCCUGACGGAAACGGUCGACCUGUUGACGCUCGAUACGAGGGUGAUACGAAUCCAGUCGAGCGCGUCUUCACCGACUGCCACGCACAGCAUUGGUGUGCAGGGUGUUCUCUUGUCAACAGGUGAUGCCGGUUCCGAUAUCAAUUUCCUCCUGUCACAGUCCGACCUGUUUGCGCUGCAGCGCAACCGCGGCCUGGCCACGGAUAAAGCCAACACCUUCCUGGCCUGGUCAAGCGCUCUGGCGGCCGACGUCGACGGAAAUGCUCUCGUGGCACAGUCCGGCGGCCAAGCUCACCCGGUGGAUCUGUACAUUGCAGACACAACCAAGCCCAACAUUAUCAGCUACGAUCUCGAUAUGGAUCAGACGGGCCUGCUUGCGUUGACGUUUGACGAGACAGUGGCUGCUGCAUCAUUCCAGGUCCAGCACCUUCGACUGGUGAACGCGGAGACGGGCUUCACGUCGUUCUACGUGCCGGGCCUGUCCAGCUUCUCAUCCACGGAGGACAGCAACAUCGUCCAAGUGGUCCUGUCCAACACGACUGCCAAGCAAGACCUGGACAACAUCAAGGCUCGGUCCACUCUGGCAACGAAUAAACUGGACACGUACCUUCAGGCGUUUGAGCCCACCGUGAAGGACAUGGCCGGCAACAAUCUGACACGGCUGCUCUCCCUGCCCACCAUUGAGUCGCUGGCCGCGCUGCAGGUGCAUAACUACACGCGCGAUCAGAUUCGGCCGGAGUUCCUCGCCUGCACGCUGAACAUGGCUCUGGGCCAGCUGUCCAUGAGCUUCUCGGAGACAAUGGAUGCCGACAUGCUGAAUCCAACACAGAUUUCCAUUCACGACACCUCGCUGGAUCCCGGCGUUAGGUACACGUUUCAGCAGUCCAGCAUGGCCGUGGACACAGACGCCACCACCGUGGUGCUGCAGAUGUCACAGAGCGACUCCGACGCCCUGAAGCUGCGCCCGCAGCUGGCAAUCAACGGCUUCACGUCGUACAUAUCGCUCGGCAGCCCGGCGGCUCGCGACAUGGCUGGCAACCUGAUCAUAGAUAACCCGCAGGCGGGCAGCCGACGACAGUCGUGCACGUUCAUACCGGAUACGGUGUCACCGCGGAUCACGCGCUUCAGCGUCGACCUGAACCAUCGCACGCUCAAUCUGACAUUUUCCGAGGCCGUCGACGCAAACUCACUCAGCGUCGGCGGUCUGGUGCUGCACGAGCGAGAGCUGGUACCCAAAGUGGCGGUCCCGCUCACUUUCACGUCCACCUCCGGCAGUACUGACGGCACUGAGGUUGUGAUCAACCUGUCGGACAGUGAUUUUAAUCGCAUCACGGCCGAGACGCAAGUGGCCACUGAGAGACCGGACACGGCGCUUUCGGCCACGGCCGGUGUCAUCCGCGAUCUGAACAAUAACCCGCUGCAGACGAUCAAUGAGUCGUAUGCACUGCUGGUAGCUAUACACACGGCCGAUAUGAUGUCACCCACGCUGGAUUCUUACGACACCGACUUCAACACGGGCACGCUUACGCUGUCAUUCUCCGAGAGUGUCAACCUGACCGCUUUCCAGCCGUCUCAGCUGACGCUACUGGAUCAGAACACCUCCGCCACCACUCCGUUCAGGCUAACCGGCGGAACGAGUCGGUUUGUGAUCGGCUCAACCACCAACAUACUUGUCACGCUGUCCAGCGUCGAUCUGAACGCUGUCAAAGCGCGGCGUAGUCUCGCGACAGCCCGCAGCAACACGUACAUCAGUGCCACACCGACUGCUAUCCUCGACAUGAACUCCAACAUGCUCGUGGUGGUUCCGCCGUACGACGCGCAGCAAACCAAAAACUACAAGUCCGACCAGACAAACCCGAAUCUGGACUCCUUCCGUCUGGAUCUGGAUGCCGGACAGCUGACGUUGGUCUUCGAUGAAACGGUCAACACGACAUCAUUUGAUGUGCAGCAGCUUAGGUUCCAGAAUACCGGAAGCUUUAGCACUGUUUCGUACACACUAACAAACGCCACACAGUUGACGCCUUCGGUCCGCUACAGAACCGACCUUCCAUUGCUUCUCUCUACUGGUGACUUGAACGAGAUCAAGAGGCUAUCCCUUUGCACAUCAAUUGCCGACUGCUCUGUCGCUCUCAAUCUUGCACCGCAGGCUUUCCUGAUUGCCGACAUGUCCGACAAUGACAUCAACACCAUUGCCGUUACAUCAGCAAAAAGCAUUGCCUCUGACGGCUUCACUGCUGACACUACAGCGCCUGUUCUGUCCAGCUUCACUGAGUUUGACCUGAAUAGCGGCCGUGUGACUCUUCUGUUCGACGAGACCGUUCUGGCGGCCAGCGUGUUCGAGGAGUCCAUGCUGCUCUAUAGCAAUUUCUCGUCCAUCUCUUCUAGCGUGGGCAUCACCGGGGGUACACACUCGGUUGCGGACUCGACGUCCAUCACGAUUUCGCUGACGACCGACGACCUCAAUGCCAUCAAGUUGGACAUUGGUCUGUGCGUGGACCGGGCGUCGUGCGUGAUCCGCUUCAACUCCAGCCUUCUGACCGACAUGAACAGUGUGUUUGUGGUGGCUGUCGAGCCGGCCAGCGGCACUGGUGCAACAUACACGCCUGUCAGCUUUGUACGCGACACAACACCUCCAGUUCUCCAAUCGUUCACUCUCGACUUGAACACCGAUGUGCUGGAGUUGUCGUUCGACGAGGUCGUGCGGUUAAGUUCUCUUGAUAUUGGUGCCAUCACCAUACAGCAGACCCGCUCCGGGCUGGGUCACGGCCAGGCGGUCAGGCUCUUCUCGACCAGAAACCCGGCAUCGCGCAGCGCCGACGGCCUCAGCGUGUCCGUCAACAUCUCCCUGGAGAACGCCAACGCCCUGAAAGCCAUGUUUGCCAUGGCGACGGACGUCACGAACACUUGGCUGACCCACGACACGCAGCUCGUAACCGACGUCAGCGGAGUGGCCAUUGCUGCACGCAUUAGUCCCAGCAGGUCUCUUCAAGCAUCACACGUGGAGCAAGACCGCACAUCACCACACGCUCUGGCCUUUACACACUACAACCUGGACAACAACACAAUUCGUAUUCUGUUCGACGAGCCUGUUGACACCGCAUCGCUGAAGUACAGCCAGCUGGUGCUGCUGAGUGAGCCACUGCACAACAUGACAAACACGUCUGUGUUCCGACCUGUCAGGUUGUCGCUGAGUGGUGGCACCCCAAGCUACAUCAACACCGCUGACAAGCUGGAAGUGGAGAUCUUGCUCACCCGGCAGGAUGCAAGAGACAUCAAACUCUCCGACGUUCUGGCAGGUAAUAUUUCACAUCUGCUAGUGAGCAAAGACGCAGUUAGGGAUCCAGCAAGCAAUGUCAUCGAGGCGAGCAACUUCUCCUAUCUGCUACAGCCGGGUGGUUUCUUUGUGGAUCACACGGCACCACGCCUGGAAGGAUUUGUCUUCGAUGCCAACGUAUCCCAGCUGGUAUUGACUUUCUCCGAUCUCGUCGACUCCAGUUCUGUGGAUGCGAGCACGCUCCAGCUGCACUCGGAUGCGUUCGGUAAUGACUCGCUGUCACUGAAGAAGUUGACUGCUCCGAGCCCAGCAGCAGGGUACGAUUACGACAUAUCCAUACCGAUUUCCAGGGAAGACCUCAUCGCUGUGCAAGUACUGAUGAACAUGGCCACUGGCACGGACAAUACCUUUGUCAGCUUCAACGGCACCAUGGCGACAGACUUCGAUGGGCGCUAUGUGGACAGCGUGUCUGCUGUCUUGCCGUUUCAAGCUACCGACUUUGUCCCGGACACCAUUACACCGCGGGCGGUGGCGUUCGAUAUAGACCUGAACACUGCACCUACGCUCACUGUGUUCUUCGACGAAGCAGUGAACCCACUGAGGUUUGUGCCUUCGCGACUUACUCUCCAGCAGAGAAACAGUAGCACUGCUGACCUACCGCUUACCACGGCUAAGUACUCAUUGAUCAACAGCCAGCCGUCGCAGAACACUUCCUUUGACACUGCCAUCGCUGUCGAGCUGUCGGACUACGACACGAAUCGUAUCAAAGCCACACGCAACUUAGCGACGAGUGGCAACGACACCUAUCUACUGGCGGCGUACGGCAUGAUUGCGGACACGUUCAACAAUCCGUCUGCGGCUGUCCUUGACGGUCUGGCCUUGGCUGCCCAGAACUACACCGAAGACGCCAUCGAUCCGGUCGUGCUGUCAUUCGUGAUGGACUUGGACGUGGGGCAGAUCCAGAUCACGUUCAGUGAAGCCGUUGAUCCGCGUUCGUUGAACUUCGCCGGCGUUGAAUUGCAAAAUCAGGAGACCCGAACCAACCUGACGGCGGUCAUUGGCCUGGAAAAUGGAACGGUGGCAGUGUCACUGCAACGCGAACUCAGCACAAUCGUGGGCAUACAACUAACACAGGCCGAUCGGAGCAAGCUGACACGCUCGACCUACCCGAUCGGACGCAGCGUCGAGACGUCAUACCUGUACUUGUCUGACGAUGCGUUCGCGGAUUUCGCCGGCAAUCCAGUUGUCGGCCUGAACGCCAGCGCUGCCCUGAAACCGACAGCGUACCUGGAAGAUCUGAGCUGCGAGGCAACGCCGGUGAAUCGCUACACUGGCGACAUGACAGCGCCACAGCUGCGCAACUUCAGCACCGACAUGACUCUCGGCCAGCUGACGCUCUACUUCACCGAGACCAUCCAGCGCGACACGUUCAACCUGACCUCGCUGAUCCUGGCCGACUCGCUGAUCACGCCCGAUCAGGAGUACCGCAUUCAGUACGCCGGCUCUGUCAGCAAUGUCGGCGUCAACUCUGACUCUCUGACCGUCACACUGGACGAGCGCGAUCUCAACAUCAUCAAGAACUUCGUACCGCGUCUGUUCGACAAGCUCAGCACAGCGUUCAUCAGGAUAGCUCCCAGCUCUGUUCUGGACAUGGCGUUCAAUCGAGCACAGCGCGCUACCGUUCAGACGAACGUGUUUGAGCCGGAUCGCGGCAGGCCUGUCCUGACGUCGUUUGAGCUGGACCUGAACACAAACCUGUUGAACCUGACGUUCAACGAAGUCAUAGAGACGACCUCCUUCCAGGCCAGCGCAAUCACACUGCAGGGCGCCCCAAUGCCGUCCGUCAACAUCAGCCUAACGGGCUCCGUCGCUCGAGUACGCAGUGCGGACGGAUUGUCUCUGUCGAUCACUCUGCUGACCGACGAUGCCAAUCGCCUGAAGCAGACCCCAGGCUUGGCCACCAUUGUCAACAACACGUACCUAUCGCACACGGCGUCGAUGAUUUCGGACGUUGUGGUUGCACCAGCACCGAACAGCGUCCAGCCUAGAAACAGCUCCAAUGCCUUACGCGCCAGCGCCUUUGCGCGCGAUGCCACUGCUCCGCAGAUCACCAGCUUCGACGUGUUCGACCUGAACGCGGGCCAGUUUGACGUUACGUACGACGAGCCCGUCAUGCUCGCCUCCGUCGUGCCAAGCAGCUUCACCAUACAGUCGUCGGCGACGAGUAAUGCUACUCGACUUCGCCUGAGCGGUGGAACGGCGUCGUAUGUAACACUAUCUGACCUGCGGCAAGUGCGCAUCAAGCUGAACAGCGCUGAUCUCUUCAUACUGAAGUCGCAGCUGCAGAAAAGCGUCAAGUACGGCUCGGCGCAGACCAACACGUUCCUGUCGGCGUUUGCGAACACGUCUCAGGACAUGUUUGGCAACGCUGCCCUGCCAGUCAGCAGUUUCUCCGCUCGUGGUCUCCUGAGCCACGUUCCGGACACGACGGGCGCCAAGCCAAUCGACUGCAUCAUCGACCUGACCAACGGGACGUUCUCCGUGCGCUUCGACGACGUUGUGGUGCAAAACUCCUUCGAUCCGACGUUCAUCCGCCUGCAGAAUGAUCGUCUUCUGCUGGUGGCGGACUCCUAUCAGCUGGCAGGCCGAGCGGACCUGCCCGCGGCCACAACCUACUCCGUACAGUUCUCACUGGACAAGGUCGGUGAUCAACGUACUGUUAGCGAUCUCGAUGAGAUCAAGUACCUGCGACGGCUGGCCAGCAGCAAUCUCACAACCUUCAUCUCCACGGCGGCUGACCUGAUCGAGGAUACCAGCAACAAUCCGGCUCGGCCGGUCGUGCAGUCCGAUGCACUGCGCUGCUCGGGUUUCCAUCCGGAUCGCGUUCGACCAAUGCUGGCGGGAUGGAGUCUGGACAUGACGGCUAACAGCAUUCAGCUGACGUUCUCCGAAGUGGUCGACCAGCUUACACUCAACGUGUCUUUCAUUACGCUGCACGGAAGCGACGGCUCCUCACUGCCUGUCACGACGGGUUUGUUCACCAAGCGGCCGAGCUCCGCAUCACGCAUUGUCACCCUCGGCCUCACAAAGGCCGAGCAGGACGCCAUUAAGCGUAACGGCAACCUUGGCACGCGGCGAGGCGACUCCGCCCUGAGCAUCUCUGAGCUGGCGGUGAACGACUACGCUGGCAACAUGCUGCAGAGCGUUGUCGCUCUUCAAGCCCUGACCUACGUGCCCGAUUCGGUGAGCCCUGCACUGCAGAGCUUUCAUCUCGACAUGAACAUCGGCGUGCUGACAUUGAGCUUCAGCGAGGUAGUGGACAGGUCUACACUGACUCCGGCCGGCCUGACUUUACAGAACAUGAUCAGCAACAAUCCCGCGGAGAGGUUUGAGCUGAGAUCCGGUCUUGUUCGUAACAACACCGUGGACGACACAACGCUGGAGCUUGAGAUCGACAUCGACGACUUGAACUUGAUCAAGGCGCUGCGGGCACUGGCUGUCAACAAGACGACCGCGUACAUGGUGAUCACGGACCGUGCCGUGAGAGACACCGUUUCCAACUACACGUCAAACAGUGUUGUGGCCAUACCUCCACUGCGAGCACUGCCCGUGUCUAACUUCACCGAGGACACAACCGCACCGCAGCUAGUGUGGUACGACCUGGAUCUAACGGCCGAGACUCUGACCCUGUCCUUCGACGAGACCGUGCUGGCAACGAGUCUGAUGAUCGAUCGCAUUCUCCUGCAGGACACGCGCACGGCGAACACAUCUUCUGGUAUGUACCAGCUUAGCGCCUACUCCGCAAGUGUACCGUUCGGCAGUCGUCUUCAGACGACCGUGGAUACUACCGUCAUGGUCAUAUCUCUCGGCGCUGAUGACCUCAAUGCUAUCAAACUGGACACAAAGCUGGCGGUGAGCAACGAAACCACCUAUCUCUAUACCAUGGGUAGUCUUAUCGACGACAUGAAUACUAAUGAACUGGACACGGUGCCCGACACCGAUGCCAGGCGUGUCCGCUACUUCACCAGCGACACCCGUGCGCCGACCGUGCUCGGUUUCAAACUGAACCUCACGACGGAGGAGAUGACGAUCACGUUCAGCGAGGUUGUCGACGCUGACAGCCUCGUGGUGCCGAACCUGACGCUGAAUCGUGGCAACAUCGCCGAUCUCAGCAGCGCGUUUCAGCUCACGAACGAUAGCGUUCUGCAAUCCGGUGAUGGCACUGUUCAGGUCAUCCGUCUCGGUACGCUAGACCUGAACGAGAUCAAACGCCUGCAGCUGCUUGCAGUCAGUGCGUCGAGCACGUACCUAGACAUGCCGAGUACAGCGGUCAGCGACAUGAACGGAAACCCAGUGCAGUCUCUUGUGCUGGGUGUGAACGCAUCGCAAGCCGACGACUUCUAUCCGGAUUUGACCAGUCCCGAGCUGGUUAGCUGGAGUAUUGACAUGGAGAACGGACGUCUGCAGAUGGUGUUCAAUGAAACCAUGCUUGCGUCACGCCUGAACGCCACGCUACUGCGCUUAGCAUCAUCCGCCACUGCACCCAUUCAAGAAUGGGUGCUGACGGACCAGAGCCGUGUGAUCCUGUUCAACGACCCCAUCCUGAAUAUACAGCUCUCUGCAUUUGACCUGGAUGAGAUCAAGAAACUAUCCGAACUUGUACAGGACACAAACUCGUCCUUGUUGUCGUUCGUGGAGGACUCGGCUCGCGACAUGAACCAACGUCCGGUUGAGGCUGUCAGGUUUGUGCCUGCGUCUGACGUGAGUCCCGAUGUCUCUGGUCCCGUACUUCAAUCGUUUGAACUGGACAUCAAUCAGGGCACACUCACACUACAGUACAAUGAAACCGUCAGUGCGUCCUCGCUGAUCCAAUCCUACUUCACCAUACUCAGCAACCUGACAAGCAGCACAGUUCAGCUCAGCGGCGGGAGCGUUAUCGAUCCGAACCAAAACAGAAUACGCCUCAACAUGACGCGGGCCGAUCUGAACGCCGUGAAGCUCAUCCGUGCGCUCGGGACCAUGAUGAACAACACGCAGCUCUUGCAGAAUGCCAGCGCCGUGAGCGACAUGCCACCAGAGGAGAACGCAGCGGCUGCUCAGGUUCUGAGCGCGACCAAAGUCACACCGGACACGACGCCACCGUAUCUCGAGUUCUACAGUCUGGACUUGAACGUUGGCUUGCUGAGCUUGUACUUCAGCGAGGUUGUGGACGCACUCUCGCUGAACGCUAGCGGCCUGGCAAUACAGGGAGGUGUGUUCUCGGCGCAGGCUAUUGUGCGUUUCCACCACGCCAACACAUCAAGUAACAAUGACGAAGUGAUCGAGGUGCAGAUCCACCGUGACGAGCUCAACGAUCUGAAGCGCUACACUCACCUGGCCACCAGCAGUGAUGACACGUACCUGACUGUUGACGGCGUGGCUAUCAAAGAUAUGGCUGGCGUUGCUGUGAUGACAAUUCCCAACGGGCUAGCGUACCAGGUCAGCGUCUACACCAACGACAGCACACAGCCGGCACUGCGCUCAUACACACUUGACAUGAACAACGGUCGGUUGGCUCUCAGCUUCCUGGAAACGGUCAACGUCACCAGCCUGGAUUUCCUGAGCAUUGUCCUACAGAGCGCUGGCAACGUGAGCCUGUCUGAUGACGAAUCUCUCUACCAGCUAACAAGUGGACAGCUGGACAGCACACGAGAUUCCACGGAGUUGGUGUUCACACUGACCAAUGACGACCUGAAUGCCAUCAAGGCACGGCGCAUUGCCGACUCGGCCGGCACAACCUACCUGAGCUUUGCCGAGGGAACGCUAAGCGACAUGAACGACCGCGCCAUCAUCGGUGUGUCUAACACGGACGCAAGUCGCAUCGCCAUGACCAGGUACACACCAGACACUAGCUCACCUAGCCUGCUGCACUACAAUCUCAGCAUGGACGCCGGCGAGCUGUCGCUGAGCUUCAACGAGACCGUCGACACGAUGCGAUACCCGUUCAACGUAUCCGCGCUGGUACUGCAGACGUCUGACUCACCGUUGUCCGCUGGAUUUCAGUCGCACCGUCUGCGUUCGUCAGCGGGAACGACUGCUGCAAAGGUUCUGGACACGGUUGUGCUCGUCACCAUCGGGGAGCAAGACUUGAACGAGAUAAAGCGUCUAACAUCAUUAGCCACGGUACGUACCUCUACAUACCUUAUGAUGGGUGAGCGAGCAGUGGCAGACACAAAGGGAAAUCUCGUCGAGCCGUUCAAUGCCACCGAGGCAAGGCUGGUUAACCACUAUUUUCCGGACGUGUCCAGCCCCACCCUGCGAUCGUUCCGCUUGAGCAUGGACGGAUCCUGGCUGGAGCUGUCCGUGUCGGAAACCUUCGACGUGCAAUCGUUGGACGCGUCCAAAAUCACACUCCAGAGUGCGAGCAAUGCUAGCGGAUCCGUCGUCGCGAGCUACACGCUCACGUCGGGCGUUAUCCAGUACAGCGUCUUGCCUGGUCCGCUGGUGAACAUCAGCCUCUCAGACCCGGACAUGAACGAGCUGCGGCGUCUGGUCGGCGAAGGUUUGGUAGUCGACGACAACACAACGUUCAUCUCGUUUCCACCCUCACUGCUGAGCGAUUAUGACAGCAAUCCUGUCACAGAGGUCAGUACGGACGAUGCUGUUCAAGUUCUGGAGUUCUUCACGGACACGACCAAUCCUACGCUCUUCUCCUAUGAGCUGGACUUGACAGCAGAAACACUGACACUAUCGUUCAGCGAGACUGUGCUGGCUAUAUCGCUCACACCUCACAGUUUCUUGUUCUUAAACAACGCUACCGACGCCAGCGACUUCCUACCGGUGACCAGCGGCGGCACGAACAGUACGGACAGUACGACACUGGUCUUGGAGCUCACAGAGUACGAUCUCAACAUAGCCAAGCAGAAGACUAGCCUGAUGACGGCGGAAAGCAACACGUACCUGUCGUUCGCGGACAGCGCCGUCACUGAUAUGUACAACAAUUCCAUCGUUCCUGUGUCGACGUUACCGGCACGGCGAGUUGUCAGCGGGGGAUUCACGGCGGAUAGGGUGCGACCAGUUCUGCGUGAUUUCACGUUGGACAUGGACGGCACUCCGCGGCUAUUCUUGAGCUUUACCGAGACGAUAAACGCUUCGUCCGUCAAGCCAGACCAGUUCACCAUACAGCAGGCAGGCGUGUCCACCGACGGCAUUGAUCUCACAGGUGGAACUGUCCUGGAUCCGACGUACAAUGCACCGUUCGUCACCGUCGUAUUGGAGAAAGUGGACGUGGACAACAUCUUCAAUCGCACUGAUCUGGCCACCGCGCCUUGGAACACGUACAUCAGCUACUCAAACACGUCCGUACUCGACAUGACGCAGAAUCCCGUAGUGCCUCGCUUGCAGGCUAACGGCAAGCUGGCGUUCAACCACUCCGAAGACUUCACCCGGCCCAAGCUGACCAACUUCACAUUGGACCUGGACGGCAGCAGCGUCCUGACGCUGUUCUUCAGCGAGACAAUGAACUCGGUCACUCUCGAUCCCAGCACCAUUGUGCUACACAACGGUGGGACGGCGGACGACGACCGGCUCAACAUCACAGGCGGCCGUCAUUUGACACACUGGCCAUCGCUGGAAGUGAGUUUUGAGUUGCUCAAGGAAGACCUGGAUGAGUUGAAGCGAUUGGAGGCGGUCGGCACUACACUGGCCAAUACUCAAAUCAGCUUCUCUGCUAGUCUUGUCGAGGACAUGAACCAGAAUAAUGUCGAGGAGAUUGGUGAUAUUGACGGACGCACGGCUGCAGCCCUGGAACCAGACACAACCCUUCCUGAACUGUCCCGGUUCGAAUUGGACAUGAACCGUGCCCUGCUGACGUUUGUCUUCUCCGAAACGGUCAAGGCAAGCACUCUGGAUGUCACGCAGAUAACUCUGCAGGCGGUGUCCAACAAUGGCGGCAGAGUGAGUGAGACCUUCACGCUAACUGCGGGAAAUCGGUCGAUGGCUGACUCGACCAUGCUGAGUGUGAACCUGACAUCCAACAACACCAACGAGAUCAAGCUCUUGCGCUUGCUGGCCAUCGAUCGCAACUCCACGUUUGUGUCACUGACAAACCGCACGCUCCGCGAUAUGUCGGGCAAUUGGCUAACCCCGGUGCCUGUCGUGGCUGCCAGGCGUUCCUCGGCGUUUGAGCAGGACAUCACGCCGCCGAUGCUGGUGUUCACUCGGCUGGACAUGAACGUCGGUGAGCUGAGACUGGAGUUCAGCGAAGCAGUGGACUCUCUCCAGUUCAUGCCGACUGGCAUACUGCUCGUGAAUGCCGGCCCGGGCAUGAACAUCACUGCCGAACACAACCUGGCGACUGGAGUUCUGAAAACAGGCCCCGCCGUGGAGCAGAAUGUUGUCAUUCAGCUGCAAGACCUGAAUCGUAUCAAGCACCUGACAAGACUGGCAACCAGUAUGGCCAACACGUUUGUGGCCGUCACAAACUGGACUAUCCAAGACAUGAAUGGUAAUUUCCUAGAGAGCGUCUCGGCAGCGGAUCCCAUUCAGGUGAUCGAGUUUGACGACGACAUUACACCGCCUGAGCUAGACAACGCAACCCUGGAUAUGGACAGUGGACGCAUGGUGUUCAGCUUCUCCGAGACGGUCAACCGAUCCACCAUCGACGCCACGCAGCUGACGCUCGUCAGCGCGAGUGCCAGCACAUCAGAGAACUUCACACUUCGCUGGCUGGACAUCGAGAUCGGCGACUUGGAAGGUGCAGACGUGUUUGAGGCGUCUAUUCGAACACUCGACUUGAAUGAGUUGAAGCGUCGGCCCAACCUAUGCACGACUAGUAGCGGUACUUGUCGUAUCGCCAUAACAGCUCAGUUUGUUCAAGACAUGAGAGACAAUAGUGUGAUGGCUGUUCACGCACCGCAGUCACGUCCGGUCUACAACUUCACGCAGGACACCACAUCACCGCGCCUGGACGGCUUUGACCUGAACUUGAGCAACGAGAUAUUGCGCAUGACGUGGAGCGAGACGGUGCUAUCCACGUCGUUGAACCCGGCGUUUAUCACCCUCCAGCACAAUGCGUCCUCCACGCUGCACUCAUGGCAGCUGGUGACGGGCUCUGUUGUCAAUCCGAACUUUAACGAUCCAGUUGUGUCGUUAAAGCUGAACGAGACGGAUCUGAAUCAGAUCAAAGCCAUCAUUGGCCUGGCCACAGAAGAAAACAACACGUAUAUAUCACUGCUGGCCGAUACAAUUCGAGACAUGAACAACCGCCAGUCAGUCGCUGAGGAUUUGUCUGAUGCCACGCUCGUAUCAAACUUCACUGCUGACUAUGUUGCGCCGACUCUCAGAGCAUUCUCCCUGGACAUGGAUGCAUCUCCGCUGCUCAACUUGACAUUCUCCGAAACUGUUCAGGUGCAAACACUGAACGUUGCCGGUAUCACGUUGCUCUCGGGCACUUCCGGUGUUAUUGAGCAACAACAGUUGUCUGAACUGAUAUCCAGCCAGGGAGUUGGUAGUCGUUCGACCUCUGAUGAUUGGCCCGAGAUUACGAUCAACCUCGGCGUUGCUGACUCCAACAGUAUCAAAUUCUUCAGCAAGCUGGCAAAAGGUCUUGAUGAUGCCUUCAUCGCCAUACAGGACAUUACCAUUCAGGAUAUGAACAACAACACAGUGGUGAGUGUGGAGCUGCAGAACGCCACGCAGAUCGGUGGGUACGUGCCUGACACCACGCAUCCUCAGCUGCUUUGGUUUGAUCUAGAUAUGGACGCGGACAGUCUGCUGACGCUGUACUUUGACGAGACCAUGAAUCUCUCAUCCACCGACCCGCGCGCCAUCACACUCCUCUCCUCGUCGCACAGCCUUCAACUCAGAGGUGGAAACGUGACAACCAUGAUGGACGGCCGGACGGUCAGGAUCGUCCUGGAGAAAGAUGACCUGGAUGAGCUGAAACUAGUGCGAACGAUUGCCACAACGCUCAACGACACACUGAUCUCAUUCACACCGGCGUUGAUCAAGGACAUGAACAAUAACAGUGUCGUGGAAUUACUUCCGACGGCGGCCAAGCCAGUAAGAAACCUCACCGAUGACACAACACCAGUAUGGCUUGUCCACUACGACUUGGAUAUGGACUCAGCGUUGAUAACGUUCCAGUUCUCCGAGACCGUCGAGGCGGACUACUUUGAUCUGGGUCAGUUUAGACUGAGGUCGGACAACAGUGCUACAAGUCUGGAGGUUCAACUCCAAGGUGGGUUAGAAGUGUUGGACGAUGCGACGCUACUCGUGGCUCGCAUCACAACCGACGUCAUGAACACGUUGAAGUACUACCGUAACGUGACCAGCCGGGACGCUGACACCUAUUUGAUGUACAGCUCUGACGGUGUUCGGGACAUGGCAAACAAUACGGUCAUACCGACGGCACUCGCCUCGCAGGCCGUGCCUGUACGCAACUUCACCCUCGACACAACCGCGCCUCUCUUGCAGCGCUUCUCAUUCGACUCGGAUGCCGGCGUUCUCGAACUCGUCUUUGACGAAACGGUCGACUCGACACGGACGUUCAACAUCUCCGGCCUCACGCUGCUGUCGACGAGGCAGAUGAUUGGUUCAUCAGGUCUCCAGUUCGUCACGCUCGCUAACGGACUAAGCGUGUUGGACGACAGCACCAGGGUGCGGAUACAGCUCGGUAUUCCCGAUCAGAACCGUAUCAAGGUCCUGCCAGGACUGGGUAGGGAUAACAGUACAACGUUCCUUGCCCUCGCAACGCACUUCAUCAGGGAUAUGUUUGGAAAUCGUGUGGCUGCAGUGAACGACACUAUGGCUCAGAACACCACUGACUUUACCGUGGAUCACACGUCACCCAGACUCCUGGACUGGAGUUUGGACAUGGAUGGUCCGGGCACGCUUACUCUCACGUUCGAGGAGAUUGUCAACACAUCGCGCACCAUGCCAGGACAGUUGGUACUGACGAAUGGCAUAUCCACGAUGCCAGGGAGACAAGCGGUGACCAUUGUACAAGGCAUGCCCCCGUUUGCCAACGUCAGGAAUGUUCUAGUGGACAGUACGGUGGUGGAAAUUGAGAUUGGACAUGCCAACCUGAACAGACUGAAGCAGUUCCGUCGCCUUGCCCUCUCCACCAGCGACAGUUACCUGGAGAUGUCUGUGGACGCUUGCCGGGAUAUGGAGAUGAACCCAUGCCGCUUGCUGGAUGCCAGCAAUGCCACCAAGGCCGCACACUUCAUCAACGACACCACUGCACCUCAGUUGAUUGCGUUUGACAUUGAUCUGACGCUGAACGAGCUGACACUGAACUGGAGUGAGACUGUCAGAGGUGAUAGCUUCGAGCGAACCAAACUCACCCUGUACAGCAUACCAAGCAGCGGGUCAACAUCAUACCAGCUGACCACUGGUGAUUUGAAGGCAAUUGUGGAUGAUACCACCAUCAUCCUGCAGCUACAGCGUGUUGAUCUGGACAGAGUCAAGAAACUAACCGACCUAGCGACAUCAGAGAAUGACACGUACCUCUCGAUCGGCGAUCGGACGGUUCGUGAUAUGAGUGAUAACUGGAACAUUGCCAUCCUGCCCAACAACGCCACGCAGGUGCGGAAUUUCACCGCCGACACCGUCCCGCCGUUCCUGGAGAGCUUCGAUCUCGACAUGAACAACGGUCGUCUACUUCUGUCGCUGUCAGAGACCGUGGCCCACGAUUCCGUCAAUCUGACGGAGAUAUCACUGCAGCCCAGUGCUAACUCCAGUGCAGAGCAAGUGUACCGGCUGAGCGGUAUCGGGCACAUGGAGAAUAACUCCGACUCCGACACGCUGGUGUUCUACUUGGGUCGUGCUGACCUGAAUGCCAUCAAGUACCGCUCGUACUUAGCACAAGACGAGGCAUCGACGUGGAUGAUCCUCACAGAGUUCGCACUGCAUGACAUGACCCGGAACAGGAUUGUUCAGAUCGUCAACGGCAACGCUAGCCAAGCAUUGCCGUCGUUCACGCGCGACACAUCCGCUCCGAUUCUCGAGCAGUGGGACCUGGACCUUUCUAAUGAUACCCUCACGCUGAGCUUCGACGAAACCGUCCAACUCAGCUCCUACAGCCCUACCGAGUUCCAGUGGUUGUCGGCGGAGACGGCCCGGGACGGCGAGAGGGAGAUCAUUGGCACGCCCAUAUUUGGUGACAACUCCAACGUUGUGCAGAUCAGCAUCCACCGCUCUCCCACGCUGGACUCGCUGAAACUGGACAGAGCUCGUUGCACCAACGCGUCAAAUUGCUAUUUGGCUAUGCAAGCCGGUGGCUUUGUCGACAUGGCAACGAAACCAAACGAUGCCGCACAGGCCCUGCUACCCGUCCAGAACUUCACCGAAGACAUGGUCGAUCCCAUGCUGGAAACCUUCGUAGUUAAUAUCAACGUGAGCACCAUCACGUUGAACUUUGAUGAGCCAGUCGACAGCAGUACACUCAACGCCACAUUCUUCACGGUGCAGAACGGCCGUGUGCAAGUAGUGGGUGCGUACCUGACGCUGACGGGCGGCUGGACACUCAGUGAGAACGGACUGCGUGUCGUCAUGGACAUCACCCAGGACGACUUGAACGAGAUUAAACGCCUGCAGCCGCUGUUCACCCACCGCAACAACUCCUACCUGACUGUGCACACCGGCGCUGUUCUCGACAUGAAUGCCAAUCCGCAGGUGGAAAUCCGCGACGGGGACGCCAAGCGGGCCAGCGUGUUUGUGGAGGAUACGAUUCGACCGCGACUCGAGGCCUUUGACCUAGACAUGGACGGCUCGCCGUACCUGACACUGUACUUCAACGAGACUGUGUUCAUCUACAGCGUGGACUUCACCUGCUUCAGCAUACAGGCAGCACUGGACAGUCACUCCGACCCGCAGCUGGCCUACAAUCUGACUGGCGGCUCGCUGACCAUGCCGGAUCGUGUGCUCAACGACAGCGGCGUCAUGAUCGACACGAACGCAUAUCUACCGUCCAAGGUGUACCAAGCGUACAGCAGUGCACCCGCCGCGUUCAACUCCACCGUCGUCAUAGUGAACAUCACGCUUGACGACGCCAACGAGCUGAAGCGGCUGAGAAUCGCGUCGGCGCGCAGCAAGGCCUUCCUGACGGUGCGCCCGUGCGCCAUGCGUGACAUGUCCGGCCAUCAGGUCAUUGCUGUUGUGGAUGGCGUAGACUCGUUGCCAGUGCGCAGGUUCACCGACGACAGCACGCCACCGCAGCUGCAGUCGUUCUCCUUGAACAUGAACACGAGCGUUGCCAGCCUGUCGUUCUCCGAGACGGUAAACUCCAUCGGCCGUCACGCUUCCACUCUCACCCUGCAGUCGUAUGCGAAUGUCACGUCCGAUCAGCCUCUCCUGUUCUACAGACUCAGCGAUGACAGUAAGUUUGAGCGUAAGCACAGCACGGUCAUCGACGUCACUAUCAGCGUCGAUGACAUGAAUCAGCUGAAGCAUCGUCUCGACCUGGCCACCUCGGCCAACAACACCUACAUUUCGCUCACUGAGCUGGCGAUUGCUGACAUGCGCGACAAUCUGAUUACGGAAAUACCCAUGCACGAGGCGUUGAAGGCGUACAACUUCACCGAAGACUCCACGUCUCCUCGGCUGGUCCGGUUCAGUCUUGAUAUGAAUGCCGCCACCCUGACGCUUGUUUUCGACGAGACCAUCAGUGCCAGGUCAAUCAAUGUAGGACAGCUGAAGCUGCAAGACUUGUGGUAUUUGUUCUCGUGGCGAACUCACUACGACCUGAGGGCUGCCAACUACUCGCGUAACGAGUCCACGGAGGUCGUCCUGACGCUUUCCGAGACCGACAUGAACGAAAUCAAACGUCUGACAACGCUCGCCCUCAACCAGAGCACGACGUUCCUGUCUGUGACUCCCGGCUUCAUCACUGAUGUCAACAACAAUCAGAUUCAGCAGGUACUGAACACCAGUGCAGUGCCAGCCAGCGGCUAUGAGGUGGAUCGUACUGAUCCGGCCCUGGUCAACUUUCACCUGGACAUGGAUACACAUCGACUGACACUAUACUUCUCCGAGACAGUGCGUGCCUCUAGUCUCAGCGUUGAUCAGAUCACACUGCAGAACGCGGCCGAUUGCGGAGUGGCAGCAGAUUGUGAGCUGCGGCCGCUAACACCGAUGCCAAACCAAGUCCUGACUCCAGACGCUACCUAUCUCACCAUUCAACUCACCACCGACGACGUGAACUACAUGAAGCAAUUCCCGGACUUUGCCCGCAAUGGCAGUGGGGACACUUACAUAGUCGUCACUCCGACAGCAGUGACGGACAUGUCCUCUGCUCGGAACAAGCUCGUUGCCAUCAACGCAAGCAAUGCACUUGAAGUGCAGACGUUCGUUGCAGACAAGACUGACCCACGCUUGGUGUCCUAUUCCCUGGAUCUCACCAGUGAAGUGCUUGCAUUGACCUUCUCCGAAACAGUCAACGCCACUUCUCUGGACCUCGCUCAGCUGAGCCUGCAGGGUGCUCAGCGUAUUGCCGCACCGGCCGAUGGCAUAACCCUGAAUGUGGGUAGCGGUACAGAUGCUUUCCGCACCACUGUCAACAUCACGCUGGACACAGCGUUCCUGAACAUUCUGAAGCAACGCCGGGACAUCGGCACCGGAAGGACGAACACAUAUUUGACGAUCAGUCCGCGUGCCAUCCUGGACAUGUUUGAGAAUCCGGUAGUACCGGUCACGUUCACGAAUGCAUCACAGGCUGAUGUGUACACGGCUGACAUGGUGCCUCCCACUCUGCAGGCGUUCGACCUGGACAUGAACACGGCAACACUGACGCUAAUCUUCUCGGAAACUGUCAGCUCCCCGUCCUUCCGUCUUGAUCAGAUCACACUACAGGGCGACAACUCGUCAGCGACAGCAACUGAUUCCGUCACACUAAGCAGACCAAUCUCAGUGAGUUCACUCAACUCAACAGAACUCGUCAUUGUUCUCUCGCUGCAGGACAUGAAUGCCAUCAAGAAGGCACCAGAGCUUGCCAGAACAGAGCUGGACUUGUAUCUAGCAAUGUCAUCGCAAGCCGUCACCGACAUGAACAGCAACCGGGUUGUCGCCAAGCUCUCCUCCAACUCGCUUGCCGUGCGCAACUUCACUGAAGACUCCACGCCACCUCGACUAGAACACAGCCACUUUGACAUGGACUCCGGCACGAUCACGUUCUCUUUCUCUGAGACGAUGAACAGCUCUUCCGUUAGCAUUUCGGAAUUGACACUACAGCCGCAAGAAGACGGUUCAUCAGCCGAUCCACUCCUUUACCUCUUCACCUACACACUGGUAACGGGAACUCGUUCUCUGGCCGACAGUUCGGUCAUCACCAUCUCCAUUCCCCACGCAGAGCUCAACACCAUCAAGUCAUCAGCACACAUCUGCAGGAACGGCACCAGCUGCUACUUCUCGUUCGCGUCGUCGUUCAUCACCGACAUGCAGGGUAUCCCUGUCGUCAACAUCACAAUCGAUCAAGGAAGCAAAUUCACAAACUUCACUGCCGACACAACACCUCCGAAACUAAUCACCUUCGACUCAUUCAACUUGACCAGUGGUGUGUUCGAGAUUGGCUUCGAUGAGACAGUGAACAUUGGUACGCUCAACUUCACUGGGUUCAUGUUGCAGGAUUUCUUCCGUGACACCAGCCGUGUGCUGGUGCUGAGCCAGGGGAGCACGGUUGGACAGAACGGUACGAACGUAGAGCUGACCCUGACACGGUCGGACUUUGACACCGUGCGACGGCGCAAGACGCUGUGCGCCCGAGAGAACAACUGUUGGGUGACCGCCAGCACGGGUGCCAUUGAAGACAUGUUUGGCAACAAGCUGCAAGCAGUAGUCAACGGACAGGGUCUGGAUGCCGCCACGUUCUCACCCGAUAUUGUCAGUCCACGCUUGCUAAACUAUUCACUGGAUUUGAACAGCGGACGCCUCGUUGCAACGUUCUCCGAGCCAGUGGAUCUGGAAACGUUCACGGCUGAAGGCUUCACGGUCCAGUCACUUGGCAACGCCAGUAGCUACACACUGCAGACUAGCAUGGCCAGGUCAGAUGAUUCUCUCGUCGUGAACAUCACCCUAUCGGCGAUGGACCUGCAGAAUCUCAAGGUCUUGCCUUUGGCCAAGACAGCGGGCGACACGUUCCUGAGCGUUGCAUCCACCGGCAUAGCUGACUUUGCCGAGCCAGUACCGAAUCCGGUGGAGGAGAUAUCAGAGUUGGAGCCUCUACCUGUUUCCGGGUACGUUGCAGAUCAGGAACCGCCGAUCAUCACUGCGUUUGUGUUCGAUGCUGACUCUGAUCAGCUGGAGCUGACAUUCAACGAGCCAGUAUUUGUUUCUAGUGUGGAUCUGACCAAACUAAACAUCACAGAUGGUCGUGCAAUGCGGACAGUGUCACUCUCGCAGAGUGCAGUGUCCACCAAUGAUUCCGACAACGGGGUUCUCUCCGUGACGAUUCAAAUUUCCCGCACUGAUUCCUUGCAGAUCCAUCGAGCGUGGCCGCUGGCCAGCAGGCAAGACCUGACAGUUCUAGACUGGAGUGCUGCAUUCUUGAGCGACACUUCGCAGGUUGACAUUCUGGCAAGACAAUUGGCCACUGGAGUGUUCAUCCCGGACACGUCGCAGCCUGCCGUGGAGAGCUUUGUCCUAGACAUGGAUGCACCUGAACGACUGACCAUCAACUUUGAUGACAUCAUCGUUGCAGCCACAGUCCAGGCUGAAGGCGUGAUCCUGCAGGAUGCACCUGCACACAAUCACAGCUUCAAUCUGAGGCGCAGCAGUGGACGACUGUUCGGUAGCCUGGACGACUACUCAGUCACUAUAGGACUAUCACGGGAAGACUCUGACGCUCUGAAGUACGACAGUGACUUGGUGACGGAACUCAACAACACCUACUUGGCCGUACGGUCGAGCCUUGCACGCGAUCGUGGAGGAUAUGAUGUCGUCGCCAUCACGGAUGGCAAUGCCAUUCUGGCUAAGGAUUACAUUGGUGAUAACACCACGCCGCGGCUAGUUGGCUGGGAUCUCGACUUGGAUGCACCGGCCACCGUGACGCUGUCCUUCUCCGAGACCGUCAACACUGCAUCUUUGAACAUCAGCGGCCUAGCAGUGCAGAAUAUGCUGGGCACUGCACCAAGCCACCGUGUCACACUUUCUACUGAGGAGCGCUAUCCAAACGGGUCUGAUUCGCAGAGUGAUAACAGUUCGGUCGUAACCGUGCGCCUGGGCGACGUCGACUCAAAUCAGAUCAAACUCCUCGAGCAACUGGCCGUGAGCGAAUCAACAACUUGGUUGAGCGUAGACAGCGGUGCUGUGCUUGACAUGGCUGACCUGCCGCUGGAGGAGAUAGCCAGCGGGCAGAAAGUGAAUCAGCUGACGAAUGACACGACUUCUCCACGACUGCUCCGCUUCUCGCUGGACUUGACUGAUGAAGAGCUUGUGCUGACGUUCGACGAGACAAUGGAUGUCAGCAGUCUGGAGGUGCACGGCAUUGCCAUACAGAACGGAUCUAUCCCAGACUAUUAUCUACAUAAGCGACGCUUUCUGAGCAAGGAGAGUGGAACCAAUGCGAUUAGCUCGGAUGGUACAAUCGUACGGAUCAAGAUCAGCACCGAGGACUUGAACGCCAUCAAGCUUAACCCGGCGCUGGCUAUUAGCACAGCGUCGACGUACCUGGUGCUCAGAGCAUUUGCCAUUACAGACAUGUUUGGCAAUUUGGUCGUGCCAAGACCUGAGACUGAUGCUAUCGCUGCAUGGGACUUUGAGCAGGAUCGCAUCGCGCCAGUUCUGGACACGUUCAGCCUGAAUCUGACGUCCGAAGAGCUGCGCCUCACGUUCUCAGAGACUGUGGACGUUACAACCUUGUUCAUAUCCAAUCUCAUGCUGGCAUCCAGUGAUAAUGAGUCUAUUGCUAUCACGCACACACUCCAAUUUGGAGCUGCACCUCUGUACAGCCGUACAUCAUCAGGAGACGGCACGCUGGUCGUUGUUGAACUCGGAGAGCUAGAUCUGAACGCCAUCAAGUUCCAGAGAGGCCUGGCCACGAGCAACGGCAGCACGUUCUUGAUCUUCGACAACACCACCAUUACGGACAUGAAUGCCAAUGCAGUGGAGGCACGCACAGCCCAGGAUCCCCUGCCAGCCAGUAACUUCUACCCGGACACGGUGCCACCGGUUCUGCGCACGUUCACACUGGACAUGGAUAGCCUCCGUCUCGAGCUGACGUUCUCCGAAACGGUGAAUGUCAGCUCUCUGCGGGAGGAUUCCAUUGCCAUCAGAUCCUCCCCGCUACCCACUGCAAGAUUUGUAGAUCUCACCGGAGGUGUUUCAUCACCAGUUGAUUCAACGGUCGUUACCAUGUACAUCACGGCCACAGAUGGUAAUAACCUGAAGCUGUACGCGAACCUGGCGGCCAGCAAUGCAACCACGCAUCUCACUGUCCAAGGUGCCGGAGUACGCGACAUGAACGGCAAUGCCAUUCGGCAGAUCGACUUCUGGCAAGCUGUGCCUGCCUCAAACUUCACCGAGGACAUCACCUCUCCAAUGCUGGACUGGUACACACUAGAUAUGGAUGAUGGUAACUUGACGCUUUUCUUCAAUGAGACCGUGAACGCCACCAGCUUCAGCGUGGCAGAAAUCACUCUGCAGAGCGAGAUGGCGUGGGAGCCAGACGUGCAAAGCGUUCAGCUGACUCCGGGCGUUCCCGCACAGUUCUCAUCGCAUGUUGUCGACGACGGCACGUGGAUAACGGUGUGGAUAGGCCGGGACGACCUGAACAUUAUCAAGCAACGAGAGCAACUUGCCAUCAGCAACAUGUCCAGCACUUUCUUGACAUUCCCCGAGGUUCUUGUCAACGAUAUGAACGGCAAUGCUGUACAAGAAAUCAACAACACGCAUGCCAAGCCGCUAGCAUUCUAUGAGGAAGACACAACACCACCAGUGCUGCGGAGCUUCGACUUGGACAUGGACAAGCAGACCAUCACGCUGUCGUUUGACGAAACGGUACGGGCAUCACAGACACGUCCCCUUGGAUUUGUGCUCCACUCCACGCCCGUAAAUGCCACCGGGGCUGAGAGUCAUCGCUUGAGCAGCGCUGGACUGAAUCGCACCAGUGUGCCCAAUGCCCCUGUUGUCACAUACCAACUAGCAUCCGCUGACGUGCACGCCAUCAACCGCCUUCGGUCGCUGGCCGUUUCACGCAAUACCACGUUCCUCACGCUCCACAAGCCCAGUGUGUACGACAUGGACAGCAAUUCUGCGGAGACCAUCACACGACGUCAGGUCACUGUGUACGAAGAGGAUCGCACAUCUCCACGCCUGGUCUACUUUGAAGCUGACAUGCACGGUGGUGAGAUUGUGCUGCGAUUUGACGAGAUUGUCGACUACCUGUCCUUCAACGUGUCGUCGUUUGUUGUGCAGAAUGACCGGGCAUCAAACAUUGGUGUUCGUUUGGCAACAUCUCUGAAAUCAGCUCUGCCUGACGGUCUGGAGAUGGUUAUUGAAAUCUCGGAGUCAGACCUCAACGAGAUCAAACGUAUUGAUCAGCUGCUCGUGGACAACACCACAUCCUUCAUUAGCUUUGAUUCAAGUGCAGUAGCUGACACGAACAGCAACAGGGUUGUUGGUCUUCCCAACGGGCAAGCACGAGUGGCCGAUGUGUUCAGGGGUGACUCGGCCCUGCCCAGUGUGCGCUCGGCGCAUCUGGACAUGAACCGCGGCGUUCUGACGGUGUACUUCAGCGAAACGCUGAACAUCUCCUCCCUCAACAUCAGCGGUUUCUCGCUGCAGAACGGCGACGAUUGUGCUGCGGAUUCGUACUCGCUGACGCUCAAAUCCCUGGUCAACGAGACUAGCUUACACCGGCGCUCGACGGACAUUGGUAACUCACCACUGCCGGUCUGGAGUACUGAUUUCAACUACGCCAACGCAUUGCGUAUUGUCAUUGGACUGGACGACCUGAAUGAGAUCAAGGCCCGGCUGAUAGGCAGGAAUCCCCAGACGAGCCACCUCACAGUGGGAAACUCUGCCCUGUACGACAUGAAUGGUAAUGAACUGGAGGAAGUGGACUGUACACGGCCCAAGGGCGCGACGUACGUGUACGACGUUACGCCCCCCGAACUGCAGCACUUCAACCUCAGCAUGCACGAUGGCCUCCUAACCAUGCUCUUCAGCGAAACGGUGAACGCCGGAAGUCUUCGCGUGGACGGCAUCAUCCUGCGCAACCACUUCAACGAAUCCACACAGUUUUACCGGCUGACAAACACGUCUCUUACUAACGAUACAUUUGGCCCAGUCCUCAUCGUGCACAUCUCAGAAUCAGACCUCAACGAGAUCAAACGGACGAAUCAUCUUGCCACCAGUCAAUCAACAACGCACAUUGAACUUGAGCCAGCCACCAUUCUGGAUGCAGCCGAGAGCGGAAACAAACAGCUUGUGGUCUCGGCGGAUCGAGCCCAGCAAGUGCUUGGCUUCACAGCGGAUACCAGAGCGCCGGUGCUGCGAUCAUUCACCGUUGAUAUGAACGCUGGCCUGAUACACUUGAGCUUCGAUGAAACCGUGCGUGGCUUGUCACUCGACCCUAGAGUCCUGCAGCUGCAGAAUGAUAGGUUCUUCGGUAACACCAGUGGAGUGGCGUUCACUCUGCGUGGCCAGCGUAUGCCUGCUGAUGCAAACAGCACAGAUAUCACUGUCAACAUGACCAGCAGAGACUUGAAUCAGGUCAAACAAUACACGCCGCUCUUCGUCAGUGCCGACACGUCCUUCGUCUCGUUCCCCGCGGCGUUCCUCGCGGAUAUGAACAACAACCCGGUGAGUGAGGUGCUGCAGGACAAUGCUUGGCAGGCUCAGAGCUUCAUCAACGACACCACUCACCCCGCGGUGACUGGAUUUAAUCUCAACCUGACCAGCGAAACACUCGUGCUCUUCUUCUCCGAGACAUGCAACGUGCAGUCAUUUGUAGCAUCCACUAUCACGGUACAUAACAACAAUAUGUCUGGAUCUCUAGUGGAGAGGCAACUUUCUCUGGGCAAUGGCCGUCUUGAGAGCACGGUGAACAGCACAAGCCUGACUUGGAAGCUGAGCACCGAGGAUCUCAACGACAUCAAGGCAAAGCGUCACCUUGCCACCGAGCAAAACAACACGUACCUGCGCUUCACUGCUGCAAUGCUGACCGAUAUGAACUCCAACGCGGUCACCGCUCAGGAUGCAUUGAGGGUUGAUGCACUUGGUGGCGAUAGCAUCCGGCCUCGCUUGACAAACUGGACCCUGGAUGUAGAUGAAAGUGGAUCCCUGGUGCUGACGUUUGAUGAAACUGUUGAUUUGGACUCUGUUAAUGUGAGCAGCUUAACCAUACAGCGCAGUGCAAACAGUGUGGCUAAUGAUAGGUUGUCACUAUCUUUAGGCGUGACACCAAAUACGACCGUAAUCACAGCGCCAACGUUGACAACUAUCUCCGUGCUACUCAAUCACUUGGAUCUGCACCAGCUGCAGCGGCUGUAUCGCAUUGCAGGCAGUCCUGAAACAUCCUACAUUUCCCUUCAGCGUGAUUUCAUAUCCGACUCGGCCGGGAAUCCUCUUGUGGACAUCAACAAUGGCGAUGGCGUGCUGGCUGCUGGCUAUACUCCAGACACGACACGUCCAUCUCUAAUCGCGUUCGAUCUUGACUUGGACGCAUUCCUGCUCACACUCCACUUCGACGAGGUCGUCAAUGCCAGUACGUUGUGGCUGCCUGGUCUUGCACUGCAUAGCGAUGACAUCAGCACACAGGCCAACAGCACAAUCAACCUAACAGCUGAUGGCAGCAUGCACAGCAAGGUCAACGACCUGAAUGUCAGCGUGACACUGUCCGUGGAGUUUGUCAACGACCUGAAGCGCUACACAGCCAUUGCCACCAGUGCUACAAACACCUACAUCUCGCUCAGCAAUGAGACCAUUGACGACAUGGCUGACAAUGCGGUUGUGCCUCGUCUGCCUGACAUCGCUCUACCAGUCGGCAUGUACAUGAAUGAUACCACAUCGCCUGAACUGGAGUGGUUUGACUUCGACCUCAAUCAGGGGCAGAUUCACAUGCUCUUCUCGGAAACGGUGGACGCCCAGUCGCUGGACCUGAGCGAGGCUGUUCUGCAGCGCAACGCCAGCCUGGUGCAGAGUGGUGUGUUCAUGCAUGUGAUGCAGAACUGGACCGUGUUCAGCCACGACAGUACACUGGUGUCCGCUCAGCUGUCGCAGGGAGAUCAGAAUGUUAUCAAGCAGCUGCGCCAGCUGUGCAUCUCCGGUGCGACGACGCACAUCAGCUUCGGCACUGGCGCUAUUCGUGACAUGCAGGGCAACCCCGUGAUGGAGAUCUCCUCAGAGAGCGGACGCCGUGUCGGGAACUUCACAGACGAUGAUACCAAUCCACAGCUGGUGGACUUUGUCCUCGACGUCAAUGAGGCAGAGCUGAGACUGACGUUCUCCGAGACAAUGGACUGGACUAGCGUCGACCUGGGUGUGAAUCGCACACUGCCGUUUGUUCGCCUGCAGAGCAACGCAAACGUGCCGCUAACAACCGCCACAACGCAGCAGGUCUUCCUGGGAGGUAGCAACAGUUCGCAGGAUGACAGUGUAUUCGUGACAAUUGGCGUCAGUGAGCACGAUCUUAACCAGUUAAAGUUCAAGACAACGCUGGGAACUGGCACAUCCGACACAUUCCUCUAUCUAAACGCACAGUUUGCCAAGGACAUGCGAGGCAAUGCCGUAGCAGCACAGGUGCCUGCCAAGCCAGCUAUGGACGUCGUCGACGACUCUGUUCCACCGCGACUGGACGGGUUUGAGCUGGAUAUGAACACCGGUCUUGUGCAGCUGACGUUCUCCGAGGCUGUCACUAACAUCGCCGUCACAUCGCUGUCGUUUGUUCACAACAACAAUGUCAGUCAGACGAACCUCACCUAUGACAUCACUGGCUCUGCGAGCGGUGUGACGGGUGACGUGAUCGACAGUGGACAUGCACCGCAGGCACAAUUCUACCUAAACACAUUUGAUCUGAACAACAUCAAGCGAAUAGACGGACUCGCCGACUCUAAUCCCACCACCCACGUCACCAUCGAGAGCUCGUUUGCAAAUGACUUUGCACCUCUGGACAUUGAUCCCAUCCUCUCCACCAGUGCACUGGAGGCAUCCGUAUUCGUUCCGGACACCACCAACCCUACUCUGCAAUCGUUUGACUUCAUCUUCGAUCAGUCGCUGAUCUCGCUGACCUUUGAUGAAGUGGUUAGGGCAAACACUGUACGUUCUCUCGGCAUUACCUUUGUCUCCGACCCUGGUAUUUCUGCACAGAGGUACCGACUGCAGACAGUGUCAUCCGUCAUGCCUGGCGCGGAGAGUUCCAUUGUCGAUUACGACGACACGGUCGUCAACGUGACGCUCUCCGUGCGCGAUAUGGAUGAGCUGAAACGGGACCCGGCGCUGGCCACUGGACCCAACACAACGUACAUCAGCCUGGAUGACGACAGCGUACGCGACAUGGCCGGCAACGGACUACGCAACGCCAGCACACCACGCAAGGUGCGUGUCUACAUCGCCGACGCCACACCACCAGAGCUGGCACGCUGGUCACUGGACAUGGACACUCAGCCGAUGCUGAACCUGACGUUCACGGAGAUCGUCCGAAUGAGCUCAUUCCGUGUUCCUGCAAUCACACUACAAAUGCAUUCAGGUAAUGACACGGGUAGUUACAUACUCAACGGAACAAGUUCAGUGAGAACCAGCUUGGCUGAUGACACUGUUGUGCAGAUCACGAUUGGCGACGGCGAUAGCAACGCCAUCAAGAAACUGCGACUGGCCACGCGCUACGACAACAGUCACGUGUCGUUCGGCGCCAAUCUCGUGCGCGACAUGAACAACUUGACGGUGGUGCCCAUUGACAUGACGAUGGCGCUGGAAAUGCUGGAGUCCGACUACACUGCAGAUACUACUGAUCCCCUGCUCACCGGAUUCCAUCUGGACAUGAACACUGCACAACUGAAGUUGACAUUCACCGAAACCAUGGAUCACGUCUCGUUGAGCCGUAACAUCGAUGCCAUCCGCGUGCACAACAGCUUUGAUCCGCUAGUCGGGCAGAGUGUCCAGCUGAGCUCUGGCCGUCGCAACACCGUCACACCCGAUGACUCCACCGUUCUGAUCGUCCAGCUUGGCCGAGAGGACAUGGACGACUGGGACCGAAUCAAGCUGCUGCAGCAACUUGCCACGUCGGCCUCGGAUACAUUCAUCACCAUUGCAUCCAUGCGACUGCACGACAUGGCACAUCAGCCGCGUUUCAUCCAGCUGGUCACGGAUGAUGCAGACGCUAGUUCAUACGUACCGGAUACGGUCUCACCAUCGCUUCGUAGCUACUACAUCUCCAUCAAUGACUCUCUGCUCAUUCUGAACUUUGACGAACCGGUCGAUGUCAGCACAUUGAAGAUCCAGAAUGUCCGCUUCCAGUCAGCCGAGGAUGCACUGAACGCACUGCAGGCGUAUACCCUGAUGGCCGGCACGAGUCAGUCCCAGGACGGCCGACAAGUCUCGGUCGACCUAGACAUUGCCGACUUGAACGAGAUCAAACGUCUUGAUCAACUGCUCGUCAGCCAGGAGACGGCCUACCUCAGCUUCGGCCAGGAUCUUAUUGUUGACAUGGUUGGCCGCAAGGUUCAGCCGAUCCUCUCCAGUCUGGCAAAGGACAUGUUUACUUACGAAAACGAUACGACAAGACCACGUAUUUCAUCCUUCCAUCUUGAUAUGAACAUCGGGUAUCUUCACUUGACGUUUCCCGAGACCAUGGACGCAUCCAGUGUGAACUUUUCCGCUAUCGUUCUUCAGUCGUCAUCGGCUGUUGCGGAGAAUGGUUCGUCAUAUCAGGAUGUUGGACUGGGCUCACUGCUCAGAUUGCAGAAUGAUUCCACCGUUGUCACGAUCGUCGUUCACAAUGACAAUCUGAAUGAGAUCAAGCGAAAGGAGAUCGGCAGUCAGCGGACCACCAGCUGGCUUGUCUUUGGUAUGUCCGCGAUUUCCGACAUGAACGGCCUCGAGGUUCUGCCGCGCGUGAACCGCGUUUCGGCACUGGUUGCACGGCAGUAUACGUACGACCGAACCCGGCCGCGACUACUCCUCUGGAGCCUAGACAUGGACGCCAGUCAGCUGACAAUGUCCUUCAGUGAGACGGUCACGGUGGCGAGUUUUGAUGUGCCGUCGCUGGUUAUCCAGUCACAUAAGAACUACACGGUCACAGAUGUGGAGAGAGUUCACUUGAAUACAAGCAGCACUGUUGUCACAGUGCAGGAUGGCCCGAUCAUUGUCGUGCAGCUGGGCGUGGAGGACGCCAACAACCUGAAACUACGCACUGGCCUUGCGACGUCAACUGACAACACGUACCUGACGUACAUUGCAGGCACGGUGCAUGACAUGCAACAGAACUAUCUCGAACCUGGCACUCUCCAGGCGGGCAACUUCACUAGGGACACGACAGCUCCUAAUCUGCUGGCGUUUGGCCUGGACUUGGAUUCGGGCAAUUUGACGUUGACGUUCGACGAGGUGGUGAAUGCCACCUCGCUGGAGAGGACCUCCAUCAUCCUGACCUCGCCGCUGAACACAGUAUUGCAGGUUAACUUGACCGGUGGACUGUUGGUGGAGUGCUUUGGCACGGUGGUGUCACUCAUACUCAACGAUCUCGACAUCAAUUUGGUCAAGUUCCAGAUUCCGCAGCUGUGCACGAAUGACAAUAACUGCGCAGUCAGACUACUGCCGGAAGCCAUUGCCGACGUCUCUGGAAACUACUUCAACUUCACCGGCCAGAUGUUGCCGAUCGUUGCAGGACAGCUUGUUGGAGACACCACACCGCCCGCUCUGGUCUCCUUUGACCUCGACCUGGAUAACGGGCAACUGAUGCUCACAAUGUCGGAGCACGCUCGGGCUAGGAAUGACCGGGAGCCGUACAAGGGCAUCUUUCCGACGGCCAUCUCCAUCCAAGCUGGCCGCUUCUCCAGCGAUACAUUCACACUGGCCAACAUCACCGAUAUGACUGCCAUUGAGCGGUUCUGGUUUGAUGGCACAGCCGUGCGCUACACACUAACGGGUGGAUCGACUAACAACAGUGCAUCGACAUCAAACACCAUUGGAUACCCUCCCGUAAUCGUGGUGGAUCUGAACACGGUUGACCUCAACGUUCUGCGUAGCCUGCACCGCGUGGCCACGUCUCGAUUCAACACCUUCAUCUCCAUCACCGACGACAUGUCAGUCGAUUCGCUCACCGGUCGUCGCAACGCUAUCAUCGCCAACGGCAACGCUACACAAGUGCGUCUGUUCACCGGGGACACGACACAGCCGACUCUGACCGGCUUCAGCCUGGAUAUGGACGCCGGGUUCGUUGAUUUGACGUUCUCGGAAACCGUCAAUGUAUCGUCGCUGCAGCCCACGGCAUUCAUCCUGCAGGGCGACCGAACUCUCUCCAACUCACUUGUACUCGCCGGCAGUACAUCCACCAGUCAGGAUAAUCCUCUAGUGCAUUUUCUACUGUCUAAGGAUGAUCUCAACAGCUUGAAGUUGAACCGUAUGAUAGCCACAUCUCGCAACAACACUUACCUCUCAAUGUCACCGCUGGCCAUUGCCGACAUGGCCGGCAAUGCGGUCGUGGAGAUAACCUCUCGACUGCCGCAGCAAGCUGCCGUCUUCGGUGGCUUCACGGAGGAUUCGAAUCACCCCGUGCUGGACACGUGGAAUCUGGACCUGAACACGGCGAUGCUGGACAUGACGUUCAGCGAGGCCGUGGACAGCAAGACGCUGCGCCCGCAGGAGCUCUACCUUCAGGACUACGAGCUGGAGCAGAGCGCCGGCUACCGGAUUCGCAACGCCACAACGCCCACGGUGGACGGCACGGUCAUGUCGGUGAAGCUAUCCGACGGCGACCUGAACAACAUCAAGGUGAUGGAUUUGUGCACACACUCUGCUGACGGGGCUGACUGCUACCUGUCCUUCUCCACUAGCCUUGUGCAGGACAUGAAUGAGAAUGUCGCGCAAGACGUUCAGAAUGGCAAUGCGACCCCCGUGUCCACGUACGUGCGCGAUACAAUCUCCCCGAGCAUUCUCGGCUACGACAUCUUCAUGUCCAACGGCGAAGUGCGAAUCUCGUUUUCAGAGUCCGUCAACGUUACGUCCUUCAAUCCCACGGCGCUGUCAUUCAACCCGUCCGCCGUGGCGAACAAUCCACACAAUCUCACUGGAGGAAACCGCAUCACAACCGCCAAUGGCCUGCAGUUGCACUUCACGUUCCGGCGCGACGACUUGGAGUUGUUCCGCAUGACGCCAAACUUCCUGAACAGCGGUUUCAACACCUACAUGAGCGCUCUGCCGUUGACCAUCCGGGACAUGGCGGACAACGCACUCGCGUUCUUCCCCUCGUUUGGACCGUUUGACGACCCGACGCUGUUCGUUCCGGAUUCCGUCUCGCCGCAGCUGACGAACUUCUCGCUUGACAUGGACUCCGGGCUACUGAACCUGACCUUCUCCGAGUCCGUCUCUUCCUCCCUGGCCCUCACGGAGAUCACACUGAUGGACUCGUUCGUUGGGAGCUCGUCUUUCACGUUGCGCGGCGGUCGUGUGCUGCAAUCUAGCAGCCACUAUGAACUGUCAGUGCUCAUGACGCAAGCCGAUGUCUUCAUCAUUCAAGCCGAUGACACCCUGGCCAAGAGCCUCGACACCACGUGGAUCGCUCACACCAGCGCUCUCACUCGGGACUCGGGCAACAACGACAUCCGGCCGCGCGUCAACGGCACGAACGCCACCAGAGCGGGUGCGUACAACGCCGACGUGACCGAUCCCCAAGUGUUUGUGUUCCAGCGUUUGGAUCUGAACAACAGAGAGUUGAUUGUGUUCUUCAACGAGCCGGUCAACAUCACCGGAGCCAACCCCACCCUGUUCAGAAUACAGCAGUUCUCCAACAGUAGCGGUGUGCAGUAUCAGCUCACCGGAGGCACGUUCUCGUACGACACACGCUCGUCGGGGGUCCUGUUCCCUCUGCGCACUCCUCGCUCGGUGAUCUUCCUGAGCUUGACGCCGCAGGACUACAAGUUCCUCGUGCUGAGCGCCCAGAUAGCUACAACAACGACAGACUCUAAUCUAGUGCUGCCCAAGGGUGCAAUCCUGGACAUGGCUGGAAACGACUUAGUGGAGGUGUUCUCCGCAAGGGGACAGCCCGCCGCCGAGUUCCUGAAGGACGAGAGCCAGCCGAGCUUGCAGCGCUUCGAGUUUGACCUGGACAGCGGUGAGGUGACACUGUCCUUCCAUGCUGUGCUGGAUGUGCUGACAGUAGAUGCCAGAGCACUCAUCAUACAGGAUAACACAACUUCCAGAGUGCAACACCAGCUGCAGGUCGGUAGCACAAACAGCUCUAAUGACUUCACCAUCGUUGUUCGCAUGAGCAAUGCCGACCUCAACGAAAUCAAACGUCAGACGUCCUUGGCCACCGGCCUGGCAAACACGUUUGUUCGCGUCGCUGCGUCCUUCAUCGACGGUGUCUCCGGCCGAGACAUCAUCGCAGUGACGGACGGUAAUGCACGCAAGGCAUCAAACUUCACCGGGGAUACAACCGCUCCUCGCAUGACCAACUACACCUUGGAUUUGAACCAAGGCAUGCUGCUCAUCACAUUCGACGAAACAAUAAACUCGGAAAACUUCAACCUGACACGGCUAUUCGUUCACAACCUGGCGGCUAAUGCCACCGUAUCGUAUCAACUAUCCGACAACAGCACACUGCUGAGCAACGAUGGCCCGGAGAUGAUCAUCUCGCUCAAUUUUGUGGACCUGAACGCGAUCAAGCUGAUGACGACGCUUGCCACGGGCUAUCACGAUUCGUUCGUGUCGUUUGACCAUCUCCUCGCCAAAGACAUGUCAGGUAAUGCAGUUAUCGGCAUCAGUAACUCCACAGCGCAGGGCAUCAUCGGGCAGCACAUCCCGGACACAACGUCACCUCAGCUGGUUGAGUUUACUCUCGACAUGGACGGCACGCCGAGACUCUCGCUGACAUUCAACGAAGCUGUCAACACCGACACCCUGGACUCCAGUCAUGUCCAGCUGCAGGAAACGAUCGACACGCUCGGCGGAGGGGUUGUUGUUCUGUCCACGGCCAGUGUCACGAUAUCACCUAAUGGUUACAUUGUUCACAUCGACCUGACCAGGUCGGACUCCAAUAGAGUCAAGAAAUACCGUGCACUGGGACAGAACAUCUCUUCCACGUACCUCUCGCUGAGCAGCGGUGUCAUUCGGGACAUGAAUAACAACACAGCAUCUGUUGCCAGCCAGUUCAGUGCCCGCAGAGCCACCUGGGUAGCGCUGGACCAAACACCGCCGAACCUGCUUGCGUUCACAAUUGACAUGAACACCGGUGUGCUUUACAUGGAGUUUGACGAGACGAUUCUGGCGUCGAGCGUACGGCCGACAUUGUUCACCCUGUGCUCAGUGAACACAACCUCCAUGUCUUCGCCGCAGUGUUACACGCUGCGGAAUGGCACGGCGAGCACACAGGACUCUUUCAGAAUGUCUCUUGCGAUGACAGUAACCGAUGUCAAUGCCAUCAAGCUGAUGAGUAAUCUGUGUACCGACCGGAACAACAGCUUCUUGGCAAUGAGGCCAGGCGCGGUCACGGACAUGUCUCUGCCGACGGCCGUACCUGCCAACAGCGGUGUGGUGGCCGCUCUGAAUCACACUGCAGACCGUACGCCGCCGCUUCUCACGGGCUUCCAGACCGACCUUCACAUUGGCAUUCUCACGCUGUCCUUCAACGAGCCAGUACUGAGCGACAGCCUCGAACCCAGUCGCUUUGUCGUGCAGUCUCUGACCUCGGCGUUCCUCACCGACCAGACGCAGUACAGGCUCCGCAAUGGCUCUACGAACAGCAGCAACGGCGAGAUAAUCGAGCUGCAGGUUUCAGUGGACGACUUGAACGAGAUCAAGAAGCGGGAAAACCUACUGAUUAGUGAGGAUACGUCCUUCCUGAGAUAUGACAAUGACGCUAUUCGUGACAUGAAUUCCGUUCCCAUUGAAUCGCGGCCGAGUACCAGCGCGGACAAGACGGGAUCCUAUCGCAACGAUUCGGUCAGGCCUCGCCUGCUGCGCUUCAAUAUCGACAUGGACGGCACGCCACUGCUGGAGCUGCAGUUUGACGAGACGGUCGACUACACGUCGCUUCGCCUGCCGUCUCUACGCUUGCAGGCUAGCAAGUCUGCACUGGAAACGAACAGAACGCACGACCUGUCACUGGCCUCCACCGUAUACCGACUAGACGACACACGCAUUCUGAUAAACGUAUCGCUCGACGACGCCAACACUCUCAAGUACAUGCGUAUUGCCGACGACCAAUCGACGGCUUGGCUAGUAAUGGACGAGACGGCAAUACAGGAUCAGAACCGGCAGUACGUGCUGCCAGUGCGUGACACGGCGGCAUACCGUGCGUUCAGCUACCAGCCUGACAAGACACCGCCGAGCCUGCAGUCGUUCGUGCUCGACGUGGACGGCAGCGGGUCAUUGACGCUAUCGUUUACCGAGACCGUUCAUACGGGAUCUCUCAACCACACAGCUGUAAUCAUUCAGAGCAGAAAGAAUCACACCGGCUUGCCCGAGACAUCAUUCACCCUGUCCCCAUCAAGUACCAUUCAAAGUCUAGACCGUCCGCAGGUUGUGGUGUCGCUCUCCAAGCCGGAUCUGGAUGAAAUCAAGCGUUUGUUCAGUCUUGGCAACAGCAUCAACGACACAUACUUGUCAUUGUCACGGCAUGCCAUCGCCGACAUGACUGCUAAUCGCGUCGUGGCUAUACCUGCUCACGAUGCACUUCAGGCACUGGCUGUGACACCUGACAUUGGACCGCCAUCGUUGCUGAGAGCCGAUUUGAAUCUGACGUCGGAGCAGCUAACUCUGCUCUUUUCGGAAACCGUCAAUGUAUCAUCAUUGGUCAUACCUCAACUUCAGCUGCAGAACGACUCAGUCCGUGCUGGCAGCACGGUAGCAUUUACUCUGACCAGUGGCUCAACUCUCGAGUUGGGAUCACAGCAUGCCGUAUCACUAACCAUUGACCUGGGACGGGACGAUCUGAACGAGAUAAAGCGCCUGACUGAGCUGUGCACGAUGGGCGCAAACUGCCACCUGGUCAUCCCGGCCACAGCACUACUCGACAUGGCUGGCAACCCUAUCAUCUCUGUGCCGGUCAGCAAUGCCCGGCGGAUUGCAAACUUCACCGAGGACCGCAUUGCACCGGAGCUAGAUCAGUUCUAUCUGGACAUGGACAAUGGCCUGGUAACUCUGAUAUUCAAUGAGACAAUGCGAGGAUCAAGUCUUCAGCCGCUCGCCAUCAGUCUUGUUGGCAGCCAAUCGUCGAGCACAUCCCGGGUACCACUGAGCGGUAGGAAAGCAGGCACCAUUCCUGACUACACUGUCGUGCAGUUCUUCAUCACCGAUGAUGAUCUGAACAGCAUCAAGCGUGACCUGACCGUGGCCCACAAUGUGACAAACACCUACAUCUCAUUCACCAGCGGCAUGCUACAGGACAUGAACUUCAACAAUGUGCUGCAACGCCCCAUUGCUUUAGCCCUGAUGACUAGCAACUUCACUGAGGACAAGACCGCUCCGGAGCUUGUUGCCUUCGACUUUGAUCUGCUGCGUGGAUUUGUGCACAUGGACUUUUCGGAGACGGUGCGCGGACACACUCUGAACAUUGUGCAGAUCACGUUUGUUAACAACGCAACAGUCACGACGGAAUCGUACACGAUCGCCGUGCCACGACCUCUGCCCCGCGACGGCACUCGGCUGAGCGUGCGACUGGCUCCGGACGAUCUCAACGCCAUCAAGGCAAAGCGACUGCUUCUCACGCACGAGAACUCGACGUACCUGCAAACACCCGCCGGUUUGGUGCACGACAUGAACAAUAAUUCCAUGCAGCCACUGUUUCCCGGUAUGAAGGUGAGGCAGUUCACUCCGGACACCGCUCCGCCGUACCUGAGCGAGUGGGAGAUGGACAUGGAUCACCCUGCCGAGCUGCGCUUAAACUUCACCGAGACCGUCGACAAGGACAGCUUCAGGGUUGACGAGCUCUACUUAGUCAGCGGUGACCAGGGUAGGACGUCAGCAUCCGUUGUCAAUCUCACUACGGCCGGCAUGAGUAGGCUAGUGACGGACGAGGACACGCCAAGUCUGGUGGUGUCGCUGGGUUUCGGCGAUUCAAGCCACGUCAAGCAGCUCACCGAGCUGUGCACGCAGACCGACAACUGCUACAUUUCAUUUAACACGACGCUGGUAACGGACACGAGUGGCAAUGCGGUCGGCGAGAUAUUCUCCCGGCAAGCCAGGGACUUCAUCCCGGACACGACGCCACCGACUCUGGAGCGCUUUGUUGUGAACAUGAACAGCCUGAACAUUACGCUCUGGUUUAGCGAGAUCGUCAACUCUACGUCAUUCUCAGUGGAGUACAUCACACUUCAGAACGAGAGUGACUUCUCCACCACCAAGCAGCACUUGCAGCUGACCAGCGGAAUGGUUGAUCAGACAAACGAGCUCUUCGUCGAUGUCUCCUUCGUGGAGGAUGAUGCCAAUGAACUGAAACGCCUAGCCAUGCUCUCCACAGAGCCCGGAAACACGUUUGUAUCUCUCACGAACUUCACAGUUGAAGACAUGGCCGGUAAUGAUGUUGUCGUGGUGCCUCAGUCCAAUGCCACGCGUGCUUCGCUGGUCAUACCGGACACUACGUCUCCAUCGCUGGAGUGGUACAACGUAUCCAUCGACGCUGGCACACUGUAUCUGUCCUUUGACGAGACCAUCAACGCCACGUCGUUCAUGCCGCGGCAAAUCCUGCUGCAGAACACCAGCAACUCCACCGAAGCUACUUCCGCUAAUUACCGUCUGACUGGUGGUGAUUGGCAGAUGGUGGACGCCACCUGGAUCCGUCUCGUCUUCAGCGUCGACGAUUUGAACAGCAUCAAGCGCAUGCGCGGCCUGGCAUCCGAUGGCAAUGGCAGCAACACCUAUCUUGCUUUCAGCGGCAGCUUGGUUCACGAUAUGAACAUGAACAGCAUCAAUCCAAUCUCCGUGACCAAUGCACGCCGUGUGCACUCCAUCCAGCUGGACAGCACCUCUCCGCAGCUAGUCGAGUGGGCGCUACACAUGGACGACGAGCAGCUUCUGCUGACCUUCGACGAGACCAUGGAUCGGUUUACGCUGAACAUCAGCGCCGUCACUCUGAUUGGCCUUUCCAGCAAUCUGACAUUGUCAGGUGGCUACACUCCGUCAUCGGAUAACACAACCGUUGUCGUCCAGCUCACCAUCGCGGACAUGAAUGAAAUCAAGCUGCAGCGCGAUCUGUGCUCUACACCGCUCAACUGCUACCUUCACCUGGACUCCAGCGUUCUGCUGGAUAUGAACGACAACAUGGUCAACUUCCCGAACGCGUUUGAAACCGUGGACGUGUUCACGUCGGACCAGCGCUCGCCACAGCUAGUCUACUAUGACCUGGACAUGAACACGCACGCGCUCGUGCUGGUCUUCAACGAGACCAUACACACGGGUAGCCUGGACGUGACGCAGCUAUCGCUGCAGUCCGCUUCCAACCGCACCACUGCUGUUCGCUUCCACGACAUCCUGACCGGCCAGUACAGCACGGACGACGGAACUGAAAUCUUGAUACAGCUCAGCGACCAGGACACAAACCUACUGAAGAAGUAUACUGACCUGGUCGUCAGCAACACCAGUACCUAUCUCAGCCUGACCCAGCAGGCUAUCAACGACACAAACGUGAACCCUAUCACAGCCGUGCAAGCCGACACAGCCAAGAGAGUGCGCCUGUUCACCGAAGAUCGCGUUGCACCGGAGCUGCAAAGCUUUGACCUAGACCUGACGCUGGAAACGCUGACCUUCACGUUUGACGAGACCGUUUUCGUCAAUUCCGUGGACCCACAGCAGCUGACGUUCAUCUCGGACGAGAACUGUAGCUCAAAGUACACAUUACAAUUCAGUCGUACCCGAGUCAUGUCUAAUUGGACGGACUUUGUCAUUGAUCUAGACACUGCUGACCUGAAUGAAAUCAAGCGGCUGACAUCACUGGCCAUGGAAAGGGCAACUACCUUCUUGCUCUAUUCGACAACAUUCCUAACAGACAUGAACAGUAACGCUAUCAAUACGGUGAUCUCUCCAUCGCAAUGUGCUGGUCUGGCUGGUGGCAUUGCUCAGGUGCGGAACUUCACGGCCGAUUUCGUUCGGCCCAAGCUCCGGUUCUUUGACCUCGACAUGGACGCAGCCGGUCUGGUCACGCUGGAGUUUGACGAGACUGUGAUGGCGGCGUCGCUGAACGUCACUGCUCUUGUGUUCCAGGGACAGGUAAAUGACAGUGCGGUGAGUCAUCGCAUCACGUCCGGUGUCACUUCCGAGCUGAACAGCACCGUACUGACAUUCGUACCCAGUCACGCCGACAUGAACGAACUCAAGCGUAUCCGCCAGCUGGUCGACAGCGAAAACGACACGUUUGUCUCCAUCGAUGCCUACCUGGUGAUGGACAUGAAUGGGAACGCUGUGGAUCAGGUGAAUUCAUCCGACGCUCUGCGUGUACGUAACUACACAGCGGACACAACACAUCCGCGACUGGAACGCUUCACGCUAGACAUGGACGGCGGCGUGCACAUCCUGUUCGAGUUCAGCGAGACCGUCGCCGUCGACUUGCUCACGGCUCAGCAUCUCACGCUGCGCAACGCCAACAACUCGGAUGAUGUCAGCGAGACAUUCAACUUCACCUCCGCAACGCAGCCCGUUGCAUCGGCCACCGACGGUACGGUUGUUAACGUCAGCGUGGCUCUCGCCGACAGCAACCGAAUCAAGCAACUGACAGCGUUGGCAACCAACACCACCGACUCGUUCUUCGUCUACAGCAGCCAGUUCAUCCGGGAUAUGAACAGGAACAGUAUCGUUGCGGAAACCCAGGGACAGCAGGCAUACAUGUACGAUGACGAUAAGACUUGGCCAGUGCUGGUCGCGUUCGACAUCGACAUGAACAACCGCACGCUGCAGCUGCACUUCUCCGAGACCGUGCAGCGCACGUCACUGCAAGUCACCGAGAUCACACUGCAGCGCAACACCACUAGUCACGGCGAUCACAUUACACUCGGCGUGCACUCCGUCAGUACUGACCCGGACUUCCAUCGCCUGAUCGUGCAUCUCAGCGAUUACGACAUCAACGACUUGAACCGCCGCCCGGAGCUCUUCAUCGACUCGGCGAGCAGCUACCUGACCUGGUCAUCAGGCAUGGUUAUGGACAUGAACACAAACCCGGUGGUAGCGCGGCGUGACGGCAAUGCCCUCGAAGUCACACAGUACACUGAGGAUCGCACUGCACCGCGCCUGGUGAACUUCACCGUCGACCUGGAUCGGCACGAGAUCACGGUGUUCUUUGACGAGGUGGUGCGCCUCAGUACGAUCCUGUUCCCACGUUUCCUGCUGUUGCAGUCGACCGCAGCCCUGCCCGGCGCACCGCAGUACUACCUGAAGAGUGGAAAUACAACCGUCGACUACAGUGAAGUGUUCACUAUCCACCUGGCCAGAUCUGAAGUCAACGACAUCAAGCUGCUGGAGUAUCUGUACACGAACUCGUCGGACACUGUAUUGCGCGUGGAAGCUGGCGCUAUUGACGACAUGCACAACAACUCCGCUGAUCAGGUCACCAUCCCCGUCACCGGUACUGUCGUUGAAGCCGACGCGCCCAAACUGGAGAGCUUUGCAGUGGACUGGACAAACGGCACAGUCACGCUCAACUUUGACGAGCCAGUGCGCCCCGACACUCUCAACUUCUCUGCCAUCGUCCUGUAUAGCAACGGUGAUGAUGUGAAUGCGUCCUGGUAUCAGCUCACGGACGGCUUCACGGACAGUCCAAACGGCCUGCAGGUCGUGGUUAACAUCACCUACACGGACUUCAACAGCAUCAAGGUGGACGAGACGCUGUACCGCUCUCGGGAUACCAGCUACCUGCGCAUGCACGCCGGUGCCAUUGCCGACAUGGUCUACAACCCCAGCGCGCAAACUCCCAUACGCCAGGCGUCGUCGUAUGUCAACGACACUCGCCGUCCAACCCUGGUCAACUACGCUCUGGACAUGAACAGUGGUGAGAUGCAUUUGACGUUCCUGGAGACUAUUGAACUAGCCAGUGUUCGUGUGACCGAGUUCUCUCUUCAGACACAGUCCAACAUCAGCCAAGCUGAGGUGCUAAAAGCCCGUCAUCAGCUCACCGGAGGAUCGGCGCUGAACACAUUCGACCGUGCUUCACGGCAGAACACACGCUUCGUCACCGUCGACUUCACUCUAGAUGACCUGAAUGACAUCAAGGUCAAGGGCAUUGGCAAGUCUGUGGACACAUCGUGGCUACUGAUGACCAAGGAAGCUGUCAAGGACAUGCAUGCCUUGCAAGCCGUGCCGCUGAUGAACGGUAUCAAUGCCAUGCAGCCCAGUCACUUUGUCAACGAUUCCACGCGGCCACAGCUCAACAGCUGGAAUAUCUCCAUGGAUGUGCCCAGCCUGACGCUGUCCUUCUCCGAAUCGGUCGACUCGUUUAGUCUGAAUGUUGAACGGGUCUCACUGCAGAGUGCAAACUCUACACCCGCCUUUGUGUUCAACAUCACCCAGUUUAGUUCACUACGCUCCACCAGUGGACCGGUACAGGUGAUCCGCAUCAGCAACGUUGACGCCAACGUCAUCAAGAACCUCGACGGCCUCGCAACGAUGCUCGGCAACUCCUUCCUGUCGAUAGCGUCCAACUUUGUGACCGACACGGUCGGCAACCCCGUUGUGCCAGUGCGGCCGACUGCUGCACAGCAGGCGGUGAAUCAUGAGAGAGACUCGACGCCGCCACGCCUGGACUCCUUCACUCUGGACAUGGAUGGCGCGGUGACGCUGACACUACAGUUCAGCGAGAGCGUGAACGUGUCCAGUCUACAAUCAUCACAGCUGGUACUGCAGAGCGAGGUUGACGAGGAAAACAUGACGACGGCGCUGUUGUUCCAAUCCGUGCGCUUCACCAACGCGUACGUCACCUCUGCGAGUCUGAACUUCCCCACGAUUGUGCUGGAUGUGGCCAAGAACGAUUCGGAUCGUGUGAAAGUAUUGCGACAGCUGGCGGUCUCCUCGGAUUCAUCUCAUCUCUCCUGGUCGUCGCAGUUCAUCUCCGACAUGGCCGGCAACCCGGUCAUUGAACGGAAUCAGACGGCCGGCCUGCCAGCCCGGAUGUUCUAUAACGACACGACGCCACCGUACCUGCUCAACUUCACGCUAGACCUGGACAGCAACGACCUGGUGAUGACGUUCAGCGAGGCAGUGAAGAUCAAUGACACACUGGACGUGACGCAGCUGCAGUUGCAGAACGCCGAGACGGAGGCCGUCGACAAUCUCACAAAGCACAGCCUGUACUCACCUCUGCUCGUCGCACCCGAUGGCAGCGUGUCGACGGAUGCGGAUGCAUGCGUUGUGCGUGUUCAGCUGGGUGAUGCCGACGUCAACGAGCUCACCUAUCGACGGCGUCUGGCCACCGGCUCCGCCAACACAUUCCUGUCACACACGUCCGAUCUUGUACGUGAUAUGAACGAUAACAACGUGGUGGAGAUCAACGCCACCGCUGCAAUGCUGACUGAGGAUUACACAGCCGACGAAACACGACCGGCUUUGCUCAGCUGGGAGCUCAGCAUGGAUGGCACACCUCCCCUGUUGACGCUCAACUUUGGUGAAGUGGUUGAAUCUUCGUCGCUGAAUAUAACGCAGCUCAGCAUACUGAACUCACCGAUUGCUAAUGAUUCGUAUCACAGUCGGCCCUACACACUCACUCCGGUAUCCUUCACGCGCAGCGACGAUGGCAUCUCACUUGUCAUCGAGAUCGGUGCGGUUGAUCGCAAUGAGAUCAAGCGACGCCGUCAGCUGGCCAUUGACAACAGCACAAGCUAUCUUUCGAUGACGUCGCUGAGCGUGGUCGAUAUGAACAACAACACACUGGUACCAGUCAACGCAACUGCGGUGGAUGCUUACACAGCGGACACCACACGGCCGGUCAUGACCAACUUCACCAUCGACAUGGACGACGGCAGCAUGCUGAUGACGUUCGACGAGACGGUGCAAGCGCUCACGCUGCGCUCAACCUACCUGACGCUACAGGACAGCAUGACGUCAGCCAACACCAGCCAACACAACAUCACCGGUGGAGAUUGGACGCAGAGCGAUGGCACGGUGCUGCGACUGCAGUUCACGAUCUCCGAUCUCAACGCGCUCAAGCGCAAGGUCAUCUGCCGCGCGACGUCCGACUGUUUCAUUCUGCACCGCUUCAUGACGGUGGUGGAUAUGUCCGGCAACGAGAUUGCGCUGCGUGAGGACGGCGAUGGUCUACAGGCAGCGGGCCACCAGCCAGACAUCACACGCCCUCGCCUGACCUCGUUCACUGCCAACAUGUCGGCAGGAGUUCUCUGGUUGACGUACGACGAGACAGUGAACGCCAGCAGCCUUGCAGCCAGCGAGAUCCAACUGCAGGACUUCUUCAAAGCAGUAAACUUCUACAAGCUGACGGGCACUGGUGUUCGGCAGCAGAAUGACGACACGGUCAUCCGACUGGAGUUCUCCUGGGAUGACUUGAACAACAUCAAGCUUGAUCGCAACAUCUACACAUUCCAGCCCAACGCCUGGCUGACGUUCAGUGCUCUCUCGAUCGCCGACAUGGCCCUUGCUGCCAACCCGGUGGUGCCUGUGAUGGACGGCGCAAGCUUCGGCAGUGCACAGUAUGCCCAGCAGUUCACUGGUGAUCUAGUACCGCCCGUACUGUGGGACUUUGACUUGAACCUGAACAAUCACACUCUGACGCUGUACUUCAGCGAAACGGUGGACGUCGACACGUUCAAGAUGACCGAACUGCUUCUGCAGAACGAUGCAGCGCUGGUCGACCCGGCCGCCAGCUACCGCCUAACGCCCGGCGCUCUGCCCUGGUCCAGCCGUCUGCGCAGUACCGACGGUCCGACUCUUGUCAUCGACCUUGGCCAGACGGACACGGACAACAUCAAGAUCAUGACACGGCUGGCAAGCAAUGAAAACAACACAUACGUCAGUCUGACAUCUCGGCUGGUGUCCGACACUGCACGCAACCCGAUCGACGUCAUACCAACGACAGAUGCCAAGCAGGUCAGGAUGUUUACCGAAGACCGUGUUGCUCCACGCCUGCUGUCGUUUGACCUGGAUAUGGACGGUCUCCCGCAGCUUACGCUCACAUUCUCCGAAGCUGUGGACUCGGAGACUCUGGAUGUUUCCGAAGUGUACAUUCAGUCGGCAUCGGACCUUCUUGCGCCGCACACAACUCUCUCGUUCAUCGCUGGUCCACUGCCAACAUUCACCAUGACUGCUAGUCCCGACGGCAGAAUCCUGCUGAUUGAUAUCGGCACUGACGACAGCAACGCCAUCAAGAAAGAUCGCCGCCUCGCCACACGCAACACCACCACGUUCCUGUCGCUCAGCGAGUUUGCUAUCACUGACAUGAACAACAACAGCGUGGAGGCGAUCGGCAGCACGGCUGCAAUGAACGUGACACAGUACACGGCCGACACGACAUCUCCACGCUUGCUCACCUACAGCCUGAACAUGUCAAGCGACGUGCUUUCGCUGACGUGGGACGAGACCGUGCGCGUUGACACACUGCUGGCCUCCGACAUCACCAUCCAGUACUCGGCGUACACCAAUCUACCGUCCAUCAUUCUCGUACACAGGCUGAGAGAUGGGUCGAGUCGACGACUGGCCGACGCAAACCGUACUUACGUCGAUUCCACCGUAGUCCAGGUCUACCCCAGUUCCAGUGACAUGAACGACAUCAAACGCCUCGCGGACCUCGCCACGCAGGAGAACAACACGUACAUCACGUUCAGCUCGGCUCUGCUGAGUGACAUGAGCGGCAACGAAGCGGCGCCCAUCGAUAACGGAGAAGGCAGGCGUGUCACAGCGUUCUACCCUGAUCUCGUGGAGCCGUACCUGUCGUCGUUCAGCAUCGACAUGAACUCUGGCCUGCUGCGGCUGGUGUUCAACGAAACUGUCAACGCGUCAACUCUCGUCGUCGAGCAGAUCACACUGCAAGCAGGUGCUCGCAGCUUCAUGGGACGCGAGCGUCAGCUGACACCGCGGUCACGUGAUAUCCAUGGCAACGACAGCACCGACAUCACCAUCCAGCUGGACAUCACCGACCUGAACACGAUGAAGAGCAUCGGCGGACUUGCGCAACACCUGCACGACACGUACAUCAGCGUCACACAACGCCUGCUCACGGACAUGAACUCCAACAGGCUGCAGGCAGUCCGGGACGGUAUGGCACGGCAGGCCGUUGCGUUCACUCCCGACACCACCAGUCCGAAUUUGGUGAGCUUCGAUGUGGAUCUGAUCAUUGGUAUGAUCGUAGUGACGUUCGACGAGCCCGUCAACAGCAGCUUUGUUGAUUUCACGGCCAUCACAAUCCAGAAUGCGCUGAACGCCACCGAGAGUCACACGCUGUCGGCAGACUGCGACGUGGAGUCGGUUACGAACCUCAGCAUGGUGCUCACUCUCAACCUGUCACUCGCUGAUCUGAUUGUGCUGCGUCGCAGCAACAACUUGUCCACAGCCAUAGACACAACAUACAUGACUAUCACUGCCCAGGCAUUCCAGGAUACGGCCACCACACCGCAAGAUGUUGUGCCACUUGAGGACGGCGUCAGUGCUCUGCAAGUUCGCUCGUUUGUUCACUAUCCCACGCCUGUCUUCACGCAGGUGCGACCGGUCGCAGGCCGAUCUACAGGCAACACUCUGCUCACGAUCAGUGGUGGUAACUUCGGUCCUCGCCCAGGCGUGCUCGGAGCAAGACUGGUGGACGCGUUCAUCGACUCCCAGCUCUGCUUGACGCCCGAGGUGAUGACUGACAACGUCACGCUGGAGUGUGUUUCCCCGGCAGCUCGUGCUGGACGAACAGGUCAACUGCUGCCGAUCAGGCUACGCGUGGACGACAGCUCGCUGGUUGUGGAUGCUCUGGAUGUGUUCACGUACCUCGAUGCACCUGUAAUCCGCCGUGUUUUCCCUAACGUGGGCACGGUCAACGGGGACACGCUCGUCACUCUUUUCGGCGAGAAUUUCGGACCGUCGUCGCAGUCCGGCGAAGGUCCCAAUGUGUCGGUGACCAUCGGUGGUUUGUCUUGCACGGAGGCUAAUGUCACAACGCCGCUCUAUCCACUGAAUGCAUCGCAGCUGACGUGUCGCACGCCCCCAUUGAGCGUCCCCGGCCUUCACGAUGUCAUCGUGACAGUUGACGAGGUCGACUUCACGCUGCGCAACGCUUUCAGAUCCAUGGAUCCACCGACCGUGAGCGCCGUCUCACCACCAUCAACACAUCGCUACGACAACACCACCGUCAAUAUCACAGGCACUGCGUUCGGGCCGACCACAUCAUCGGGCCAUGGCCGUCCAUUGCGAAUCACACUGAACGGCGUACCAUGCCUGAAUCCCGUCAUACUCGUUACAGACACGCUGGUGCAGUGCACCGCCCAACCUGCCCUGGGACCCAGCAAUAUCACCAUCUUUGUUGACGAUGUCGCCUCCGAUCCCAGUGAUGUCGUCUUCUGGCAUUACGACGACGCGGGCCAGCUGAGCUUCUCCGAAGCGGUGUUCUUCGUGUCGGAAGAGGAGCUGAUCGGCAACGUAACCAUAGUGAGAGAGAAUGCGCCACUGUAUGCCAGUCCCGUCACCGUGACCAUCUUGGCACGCAACGGCUCAACGGCCGUCUCCGGCAAUCACUUUGUAACGGAGAACGUCACACUGACCAUGGAUGCGUUCGUCGACACACUCACCUACCCCGUGCAGAUCACGGCGCGGGCGUUUGAAGCCGAUCGCCUGCGCAAGGGACGCGACGACGACGUGAGCGUGGACGUGCGGCUGACCACCGUCACGGCGCGUCACGGCAAGGGAACCACGGGCCGCGGCAGCACCCUGCUGCGCAUCAAAGCCAUCUGUCAGAUAAUCACCUACUACUGUGUGGCAGACUGGACACCCAGCUCUGUGCUCUAUUACAGAACAGAUGAACUGCCAGCGGCAUAACAGCAUGAAACACACUUCCUUGACCCACCACAAUUGAUUUUGUACUGAAUAUCAUAUGGGCACAAGUUAUGCGAUCGAGUCCACCAACUAAAUCGCAUAACUUGUGCCCACAUUUUUCCACGUUACAAUUUUUUCCUUGAAUAUCAUUUGCUCAUAUUCUACUGUUGUUUUGAUUAUCUCUCACAUGUGUGCCAUUGCCCUUUGUAACCGUACAUUUCGUAAUGAUGUAGUAUGCAUGCUUAUAACUAGGAUUACAUUGACUCAACGUGGCAGCAUCACACUUGUGCAAGCUGCCGAGAAACACACACAACUGCGUUCGCUUCAUCUGCUUUUCAAUUCUUCUGCUCGCAGAAUGAUAGACUAUGCUUUAUUGUAGCUACUUGAGAACUUCUAAUAAGGUGCUUCUCUAAAGAUAUAAUGCUCCAUUUGCUCUUCAUUCUCUUGUAAGUUGCUCACACAGCGCUCAGCGGCGCUCAUCUAUGAUACCGUGCUUAGAUUUACCUGAGAGAAUACUUUUGUUGACAAAA